AUGGGUAAGUUUGGGGAAAAUUGUAGGAAUUGCACCUCACUUUGAAUCUGGGUCCCAAUUAAAAGAUAUCCCUUGUUCUUCUAGCAGAGGGAAAAGGUAUAAAGUAAAGUAGCUCUAAGCUCUUAGGGUUCUAAGAUAUGCAAAUAGUUUCCCCACUUCAGAUCUCUGCAUAGACUCGGCCGGUGCAAAUUACUAAAGCAUUCUGUGUGCCUCAGAGAGAGACAAUGAGACCGCUACAACCGAUGAAAAAGAGUUUCCAGCAUGUUUGAAGGUAUGCAUCAGAAACUUUACUUUAUUUUAUAUAAAAUUAUAUGGUGUUCCCUCUGCAUGAAUUGUAUUGAAAGUGUGUUUGGACUUUAAAAAUUGAAUUUAAAUUGAUCUUUAAAGCUUUGAAUGUCCUGCUGCCAUAAAGAAUAUAGAGAAUUAGCCAUUUUUCAUGAAUUAUGGAUUACCUUAAGAAUUGCUGCCACUCCAAUAAAUGCACGCUUUUGGAUUUGAAUUUAAGUUUGUAUAUUUAUCUAAAGAAUUUUAUAAAGAUGUAGUCUUCAGCCAUAUUUUUUUACCUAAAACAAAAAGAAAAAAAUGUGUGCAGUUCCUUACAAUAAAGUUCUAUCUUGAGUUAACUGACCAAGUAUUCUUACUAGGAAAACCUUAAGGCAGUUAACAAAAAUCCAAGUAAAUUAAAAAUACUUUUGAUAUUUGUAUUUUCCAGUUAAUAAAGUAUUUGUCCAAAGCUCAUUUUUUCCAGAGCUCUUCUUUCUUCCUCAUUACUGAAAUUUUGCAAUAUACUUAUUUAACUAUUGCUACAAAAAGAAAAGAAGUCUUAAUUAAAUCUUUAUAUUAUUCAAAUCCAUUUAAAGUCUUUUAGUUAAGCCAGUUGGGGGGGUAGGGGAGGGAUCAUAAUCUUACAUCAACUUCUUCAAAAAGUUGGUUUACAUCAGCAACAAGCAAUAAGACUGAAGUAGCAACUAUCCAUCUUAAACUCUCUUGUCUUUUAAGUUUGAUCUUCACUGUUCAACUGCAAUGACCACUCCAGCUAAUUUUUUUGUAUUUCUUUGAGUAUAUAAGUAAAGAAGGUAUCCUUAAAUAUUUGUUUUAAAAUGCACACAUCUCAGGGCUUCUUUCCAUUCCUACGUUUUACCCACACAGUGGCCAGUUCAAAAUAAACACUGAGUACGUACGUACGACAAUCAGCCUAAUGAGAGCAGCCUUAAGGCUUUCUGUGAUGAUUGGCCAAAACAUAUUUCAGCUUUUGCUGGAUUUCAUCCUUGUAUGGAAUAUUAUCCUUUUGUGGGAUAGUCCUACAUAUUCUAAUUCAAAGGCAAUAAGAUGAUUUCUGGUCUACAUACACAUAUACCGCUACCAGCAUGAGUUUGACCAAACUGCGGGAGGCAGUGGAAGACAGAAGUGCCUGCCGUGCUCUGGUCCAUGGGGUCACGAAGAGUCAGACACGACUAAACGACUAAACAACAACAAUACAUAUACCAACUAAGAUGGCAGCCUUGAUGGGCAGGGCAUUAAAUGUGUUACUUAAAAAACAAACAAACACAGGAGAUAUGCAUUUCAGUGCUGGAAAAGAAAACGGGUAGUGGUGGCAAUUAUUUUGAUUCAGAACUCUACUAUAUAUUUUAGUAGAACUGAUUCUACGGUGUAGAAAUGCACAUUAUUCUAUUUAAAAAUAAGUCACCAACGUACACUCAGCAGUUGACAGAUAAUGAGACUAGGCUUCAAUGUUUCCUUGCACAGUGAUGUGUUCUAAGUUUAGCACUGUUGUUUUCUGUGUAUAGAUGUGUGUGUGUUCGUUCCAUCUAUCCAUCCAAUAUAAUGCUGAAGUCCAUUAAAGCUUCACAACACACCUCCUGGAACUAUGUACGGUAUAUAUAUAUAUAAUUGGUUUCUUAUUUUAUUGGCCAGACCAACUUAACUUUUGCUGUACAAAUUGUUGUUGUAGUUGUUGCUGCUGUUUUAAAAAAAACUACAUUGCACAGCAUCUAAAGGGAAUAUAAACUUUAUAAAUAAAUAGGUUUAUGGAUACAUGUUUGUUGUGAGGAGUCAUUCCUUUCGUGUAGCACCACCUAUACAUUGGAAUUCCCGGCCUAUUGAGAUUGAGCUGAAAUCAUUUCUGUUUCAGCAGGCUUUUCCAGACACCUGAUUUGGUUAUAUUUGAACUUUAUUUUAUUUUUUUAGAUGUUUAUUGUGUUUUAUUGGUUUUAGAUGUUUUAAACAAUUUUUAAAUAUGUUUUAUCUAUUUAUUUAUUUAUUUUCCUUUGCUUUUUAAUAACAGAUGUGUUUAUUACCCUGUGCUCCUUUGGCGGGAAGAGUGGAAUACACAUUUAAUAAAUGAAUGAAAGAAAGAAACAUUGAUAGAUUUGCACUCAAAAUAAGUCAUGAUUGAUAUGCCAACGAAGUAACCCUGUUGCUUAAAUCUAUUUUCAUCCAUAAACUAAUUUUUAAUUAUAAAUGGUAUCUUUGCCCUAUUGAUAUAAUAACCUAUAAAACCUUUUUGGUUAACUAAUAAAUUACACCGCUACAACUUCUGUAACUUCCUCAACUUUUUCUAAUUUCUAAUCUGCCAUCAAGUCAGAAUAUUUGAACUUGAAUAUAUGUUAGCCUCAGCCUUCAACUUUGCAGUUACUCUGACACACACACACACACACACACACACACACAGGUCAACGGGCUUGCCCAUGUUGCUUCUUUACAAAUCCCAUUUCAUCAGAGGUGACGGAGGGCUGUGACACACUUAAGAGAAAUUUAAGUGUAUGGUAAAUGUGUGUGUAUAACAAUCAGUUGACUGCUUAACUGCACAUACAGAGCAGCAGGGUGGGACCACUUAACUCAUGUGUGUCUAUGAAUAAAAAGUUAUCUGAAUUGGUCUUCAGGAAAAAUCUACUGUCAGCAAUGGAAAGCACUUCCAUAUUCAUCCGAGAAAACUGAACUAUCUAGGAGGACCUGUUGUAAAGGAAAAAGAAAGGAAACAGUGUAGUCUCUUUCUCUACCAAAUUGGCAAUGAACGUAACACAAAUUGCCAGGUAGGACGACCUUGCACAUUCUGACUGGAAUUUGUUUUCUCCACUGUAGUACCAUUAACACCAGACAGGUUGCUCUGGAGUAAGCAGGGCUGGCUGAUGUUCUUGGGAAGCUGGUAGGGAGCACUGCUGAUGCCUGCUUUGAACCCAAUGUACAGUAGUUACUUUUGUGGUCUGGCCCUGUAAGCAGGACCACGUGGUUGCUUCUAGCCAGCCUUUGGACCAUGUGGCUGCACAUGGAUUGUAAGGAAUUAAAAGGUUGGCUUAGAGCCACUUGGAGUGCUACCAACAAGGGCGACUGGUAGACGACAGGGCUUACCAGAGGUUUGCCCAAGGCCCCCUGAACAUAAGGCUGCAGCUCUGACGCGUGAGAAGAAAUUUCACUGUACAAGAACAGGGUGAGCGGAGGAGGUUAUUUUAUUUAUUUAACAAGAUUAAUAUGCCACUUAAUCAGAAAAACCGCUAAGUUGCAUAAAACAAUAUAAAAGAAAAUAGUGAUAAUUUUUUUUAAAAAAAAACCAACCCACUAGCCCCGCAUCCCAGUAUGUAAGACUUUGGAAUUCAUAACACUUCCAUUUUAUAAUUUGCUCCUUGUCAAUCCCCCUUUCCUUUGAUAUGUACUUACCUGCAAGGCAUGUUAUCUUUUUUUAUUUGGUAUCCUUGCAAAUAUGAAAAAUAGUAGGUGAUUUCAUGCUCUUGGAACUGAUGCACUCUUUUCAUAAGUGUUCCUAACGAAAUACCUAAAAUAUUUGGUUCUUUGUUAUUUGGUUGGUUGCAUUCUACUUUUAUGUGUAUUGUCUACAUUAAAAUAAAUAAAAAUGGAAGGGAGGGGAUAAAAUAAAGAUUCUGUUAAACCUUAAAAAAAAACCCCAAACCAAAUAGCCAUAAUGAAAUUCUUCAAAAUAUAGAUAAAAAUGAACAGUUUUGCAGCAAAUAUAUGCAAUAAAAUUAUAUAUCUAGGCAGGUUUGCUGAAACAAAAAAAAGGUUUCGGCGGGUGUCAAAAACAGUACAGUGGUACCUCGGGGUAAGUACUUAAUUCGUUCCGGAGGUCCGUUCUUAACCUGAAACUGUUCUUAACCUGAAGCACUACUUUAGCUAAUGGGGCCUCCUGCUGCUGCUGCACCACCGGAGCACAAUUUCUGUUCUCAUCCUGAAGCAAAGUUCUUAACCUGAAGCACUAUUUCUGGGUUAGCAGAGUCUGUAACCUGAAGCGCAUGUAACCUGAAGCGUAUUUAACCCAAGGUACCACUGUACAGUGAAGGCACCUGCUUAAUAUUAAUAGGCAAGGAGAUCUAGAGAGUAAGGGAUAAAUUCCCUGCAGAAGAGCACUUGGAGGGUUGGCAGCCCAGUACCUCAGUGCUAGACAGCCCCUACUGCUGUUGAAAGGUACCAGGAACUCACAGAAACAAGGAAAGCAAGCUACCUUAUGCCACUGGUCCAUCUAGGACAAUAUUGUUUAAGCUGACUGGCAGCGGCUCAGGUAGGGGUCUCUCCCUGUUCCUCUUGAAGAUGCCAAGGAUUGAACCUGUUGAUCCUGGACUUGGCUACACAGUGGCAGAGGAAGAGGAGCAGGUGGUGUGCCACGCCCCCAGGACACACAUCACGCCCCUGUGGGUAGCGCGCCAUGCCCCCGGGACAUGCGCAAGCUCCGCCCCCGCCUGCUCUCUGCCCACCAGUGCCGGAGCAUGAAGCUCUGCCACUGUGGCUACAUAGAAGCAUCAACUAUUGCAAUUUUAAAAGGGCAUUGUCAGCAAUAGAGGGAAGUGUAGUGGUAUCGAAUUUCCAGAUGCAACGCUCUACAUUGCCCAUGAGUAGGAAAGGUGAUAGAACCUAAGGAUAGAAUUUAUCACAAAUGAUUCUGUGUUGCCUCCCAAAAGUGUUUGUAAGCAGAACUGGGACAGUGUGUGUCUUGCAGUAUUAAUUCUCACUGUUCUAAGGGGCUAACUAGAAUGCAGCCUUCCAUGCAGGGCCGGAUUUCGGUUUAUUGAGGCCCUCAGCUGCUGAAGGUAAUGCGGCCCUUUCUAUGUCCAGCUGUCCUUUGUCAACAACAAAUGGUCACCUUUUUUGUGUUGAAUAUAUGCUAUAAGGUAAUUUAUGGACCUAAUAGGUAUCUAAAGCUAUUAGCACAUGCAGAAUGUAGACACCCUAUAUAUAGAAAUGAGUAAACCAGUGAUAUUUUAGGGAGCAGGCUAGCAGGCGGGGCCCAUUACUUACAUCAUAGGAGCCUACACAACACAAAACACUAUUGCUGUAUGUAGGUUUUAUUUUACAGUCAUACCUCGGGUUACAGAUGCUUCAGGUUGUGUUUUUUUCAGGUUAUGGACGCUCCAAAACCCAGAAGUACUAGAACAGGUUACUGUCCGGGUUUCAGAGUUCACACAUGCGCAGAAGCGCUAAAUCGCAACUUGCGCAUGUGCAGACUCGCCACUGUGGGUUGCGAACGCUGCGAGUUGCGAACGUGCAUCCUGCACGGAUCACGUUCGCAACCCAAGUGUCCACUGUAUUUCUUUUUUAUUUUAUAUUUUGGAAAUGUACAUCCAGUUUCUUUUUUCCUUUACAUUUUUUGGUGGCCCAUAAGAGAGUGGAGCCCCAAGCUAUAGCUUGUUAAGCUUAUAUGUAAAUCUGGCGCUGCUUUCAUGUGUGAGAAUGCAGAUCUGGCACACCAUGGGAAAAGUGGAAAGGCAAAGUAAGGAAGAGAAGCAGUGGGCAAGAAUACUGGGUACUGAAAAUGUUUUCUUCUUGAUGCAUUGGCCAGUAUAACCACUACCACCCCCAUUGCAUUUAUCCCAAGUGAGCUUCCUUCAGGUUUCUGAGCCACAGUAGCUGCAGGGAGCGUGGCUGCUGCAGGAGGGGUUUCAGGGUCAGAAGCAGGAAGCAGAAGUAGGAUUAACCACUCCUCUCCAAUUCACUGUGCCUCCUAUUUGAAUUGAUAGUUGCACAGCAGAACUGCAUUCUAGCACACCACUGCUGUCAUAGGGUUUUGAAGGGGAGAGGUUAGCUCUCGCAGAAGGCACAAAUCUCAAAUCCCUGACACUGCACUCCAUGUGCUCCAAGAUCAGGUUUACCAACCCUUCCUCUAUUUUUCUUUCUUUUGGUGUGAGAACAUCGCUGCAGCCACUUUCUUUUGUCUUUUGGGUGGUUAGGGAUUCUUUUACCCUUUAAGACUAAGGCUUGUGUAUGUACUGAUUAUUUGCAGCCCUGUUUAAAGUAGCAACCACACACUCUGUCUCUUUCCUUUUUGUGUAUUAAACCAAUCUUUUUCUGCUUCCUGGUGCAACAAGUUCUUUCUUAGGCAUGCAAACUUUAAAUGGACACAUGCCCUGACUCCACAUGAAAGCUUCCAUUCCUCUCAAGAGCACACACUGGGUCUAUAUCAGUUGGUGGAUAAAAAUCAAUGAUUUAAAAAAUAAUAAUCAGAUUUUUAAAAAUUUAAAUUGGUUUUUUAAAUUUAAAUUGGAUUUUUUUUAAAAAAAUGGAUUUUUAAAAAUAAAAUGCUUUCAGAGCAAAAAUAUUUCUAUUUAAGUUACAUUAUAGUCCAAAGGCUAUUCAUCAGGAAACAAGGAUUUGUUUUUAACUGUGUAGCAUAAGGCUUUAUAUGCAAUGUUUAAAUUUUUUGGGUAAAUGAAUUCCUUUAAUCCAUUCACUAUGUCAUGGCCUUCCAGAGGUUUCUGUAAGAUUUUGGGGGCAGUUUUUUCUAACGAGAAGAUACUAUUAUAGAUGCUUGUUUUUGCAGUUCUCAAAAGGGUGAAUUUGUGUCUGCAGAGGUAACAUGCCUUUUCUUCACAGGAAAAAUGUUAUAAAAUACACAUACAGAGUUAAGGGGAAAAUCUUAAUCCCAUUGUUUCUUUGCAAAUUUUAUAUACACAGAAUCAACCCCUAACCUCUGAAAAGCAGAGGUUCGAUGAAUAGAUUGUCUGGGAGACAGUACACUUCCCAAGACAUCUUGUCAGGCCCACAGAUCACUGCUUCUGUACCCCUCAGUAGGGAAUCUCCUAUCACCACUACACGCCUCCUCUUAGGUUUGGUCGGGGUUCUUCCGUGAGCUGUCCGUUCCAAGGUCGCCUGCACAUUCCCUGAGGACUGACUUUGCUGCUCGUCUUCAUAUACCUGAUCGACUGUAAUGAGGGAGAGAUCCUCAAAUGGAGUCUGUUCUUCAUCUUCCAUGCUAGGGGAGAGGACCUCAAAGUGAUUGUGUAUUUCUAAACAAUCAGAGCGAACCCUGAGCCUCCUACUUCUUUGAGUCACAUUUCUCCAUAUAUCUGGCUCCUGUGUUGGUGAACUAGCCUCCUUCUCAGGGGAGUCCCCUGUCUCCUCCUUGGUGGAGACGGUGUGCUCUGUUGCUUCCAAGAAGAGCUCCAGCUCUCUAAUUCUUUGGAGCGUAGCUACAUGUUCCUCCAGUUGCUGGACUUUGUCUUCUAAGAGGGCAAUCAACAUGCAAUUGCUGCAGGUAAAGCUGCCUGCAACCUUUGGCAAGAUGGCAAACAUUGCGCAGGAACCGCAGGCGACUACAGCUGUUCCCUCCCCCUCCAUCUCAGAACCACUGGCAGUCAUCUUUGAGAAUUCCUGGAGAACAGGCGAAGUCCCAGCAGACUGGAGGAGGGCAAAUGUUGUCCCUAUUUUCAAAAAGGGGAAAAGAGAGGACCCAAAUAAUUACCGCCCAGUCAGUCUGACAUCAAUACCAGGGAAGAUUCUGGAGCAGAUCAUUAAGCAAACAGUCUGUGAGCACCUAGAAAGGAAUGCUGUGAUCACCAAUAGUCAGCAUGGAUUUCUGAAAAAUAAGUCAUGUCAGACUAACCUGAUCUCGCAUUUUGACAGAAUUACAAGCCUGGUAGAUGAAGGGAACGCAGUGGAUGUCGCCUACCUUGAUUUCAGCAAGGCAUUUGACAAGGUGCCCCAUGAUAUUCUUGUAAAGAAGCUGGUAAAAUGCGGUCUUGACUAUGCUACCACUCAGUGGAUUUGUAACUGGCUGACUGACCGAACCCAAAGGGUGCUCAUCAAUGGUUUCUCUUCAUCCUGGAGAAGAGUGACUAGUGGGGUGCCACAGGGUUCUGUCUUGGGCCCAGUCUUAUUCAACAUCUUUAUCAACGAUUUGGAUGCUGGACUCAAGGGCAUCCUGAUCAAACUGGGAGGGGUGGCUAACACCCCAGAGGACAGGAUCACACUUCAAAACGACCUUGACAGAUUAGAGAACUGGGCCAAAACAAACAAGAUGAAUUUUAACAGGGAGAAAUGUAAAGUAUUGCACUUGGGCAAAAAAAUGAGAGGCACAAAUACAAGAUGGGUGACACCUGGCUUGAGAGCAGUACAUGUGAAAAGGAUCUAGGAGUCUUGGUUGACCACAAACUUGACAUGAGCCAACAGUGUGACGCGGCAGCUAAAAAAGCCAAUGCAAUUUUGGUCUGCAUCAAUAGGAGUAUAGCAUCUAGAUCAAGGGAAGUAAUAGUGCCACUGUAUUCUGCUCUGGUCAGACCUCACCUGGAAACGAUGCCUUAUGAGGAACGGCUAAGGGAGCUGGGCAUGUUUAGCCUGGAGAAGAGGAGGUUAAGGGGUGAUAUGAUAGCCAUGUUCAAAUAUAUAAAAGGAUGUCACAUAGAGGAGGGAGAAAGGUUGUUUUCUGCUGCUCCAGAGAAGCGGACACGGAGCAAUGGAUCCAAACUACAAGAAAGAAGAUUCCACCUAAACAUUAGGAAGAACUUCCUGACAGUAAGAGCUGUUCGACAGUGGAAUUUGCUGCCAAGGAGUGUGGUGGAGUACUCCUUCUUUGGAGGUCUUUAAGCAGAGGCUUGACAACCAUAUGUCAGGAGUGCUCUGAUGGUGUUUCCUGCUUGGCAGGGGGUUGGACUCGAUGGCCCUUGUGGUCUCUUCCAACCUAUGAUUCUAUGAUUCUAUGGAGUGGAGUAGAUCUGCACAAGUAGCUAAGUGUGAAGCAGUAAAAAUGAAAGUGAAACCUUGUGAGCAGAAUACAAAUGUACCUUGGUUGCCGAACGCCUUGGUACUCGUACGUUUCGACUCGCGAAUGAACGAAACCCAGAAGUGACUGUUCUGAUUUUCGAAUGAUUUUUUGGAAGCCGAACGUCCAACAUGGCUUACAUGGCUUCCAACUGAGUGCAGGAAGGUCCUGCAGCCAAUCGGAAGCUGCACCUUGGUUUUUGAACAGUUCUGGGAGUCGAACAGACUCCCGGAACAGAUUAAGUUCGACAACCAAGGUACGACUGUACUCAACAGUCUUCGGAUCUUUGUGUAAUAAUUGUGCAAGUCAGUUGCAUGUCUAGGCAACUCAGACUUGGGUCAAGGCACUUCAGGGCUGGCAACCUCUUCCCAGUCUCACUGGGUUCCAAAAACUGCACUAGCACUUAACUGAAUAGACACCUGAAUGUAGAAGCAAAUCUAAAGAGGUGGGUGGUGGUGGUCGUGGAAAUACAGAAGUUUUUUCAUGUGUGCUAAAACUCAGUCUAAGUGUUUGUUUGUUUGUUUGUUUCUUAAAGUUUAACCACAUCAGUUAACGAACAUGGCUACGUAUGCUAUAAUGUUAUUGUUUCAGUUAAAUAAAUUGUUUAAAUUGUUAUUAAGGAAAUGAUUGUUUUUCUCCUUCCAAUAAAGCAUAGCAGAAAAGUUGUCCAAAUAUAAACAAUUAAUUUAUUAAACCUCACAAUAAUUUCAUAAUUAUCUGUCUAUGUAUUUCUAAUAGUAUAACCAAAUCAGUAAUUUUGGAUAUAACUGUAAAAACUACUCUAACAAUUAAUUAUUCCAAAAAUGAAACCUUCAUCUGGUUGUAAAUAUUAAGAUUAUACCAGCAAGAAUGAGUCUUUCUGUAAAAAAAAGUGAUUUAAAUCGAGUCUUACUGACUAGUGAUUUAAAUUGUGAUUUAAAUCAAUUUGAUUUAAAUCAAACCCACCCUGGUCUAUAUAUGGGGUGGACAUGUAUGUGGGUUCAGAUAUACAUCUGUAAUGCUACUAAACUAGGGGAGAUUAGCAGCCAAACCUAACAAAUGCAUAUUCCUGCAAGUUAGCCUGAGAAGGGGCUAAGUCCACAGAGCUGUAUUGCUGAUAGAUGGAUACUCAGACCAUAGAACUACAAUUGGUAGAGAGGACUCAGUGUGAUGUCAUUUCCCCUCCUCUCCUGGAAAGGAAGAAGCAUAUAGCACUUCCAGUUCCUUUCUCUAUUUGACCAAUGAUAGAUGCAGACAUGCCUGGAGCUGAUUAUACUGUAAAUAUCAGCAUUUUGCUUUUAACUUUGCUGCCAAGGAUGGGAUUUGAAACUCUGUUCGACCGGCACACGUGGGCACCUGGAGGAAUAAAUUGCAAUUAAUAUAUCCUCUCCUACCCAUUAAAACCCAUCCCAUAUAAACUGGCUUGGAAAGCCAGCUACAGUCUUUAAAAAGACACAUGAAGGCUGUCCUUCCCAACAUUUCUCCUGAAGAGUUUCAAUUAUAAAUCUAGACAUAAAAUUUGGCACUCACCCUUUCAUCCUUGACCGUGCAACAAAAAUAAGAUUCAAUGGACAAUUUAUGCUCCCACUUUUGUCUCUUGCCUUCUCCAAUAUCUUUUCCGUACCAUAAAAUAAAAUUGGGAAUCAUUUGAGCCAUUUCAUUUUAAUUUCUGGAUCCUCCCCCUUACCACAAAGCAAUAACAAACAUCAACAAAGCAAAUCAGUUUGUAUUCCAGUUUGACUUUAGCCUGAGAUCUUGCAUGUUUUUAUCGACAUUGAACUCCUUUUUACAGCACCAUCUGUUGAAUAUAACUAGAAUUUCAGUGUAACAUUGUACCCAAACAUUGUUCCAAAAUUAGAUUAAAAAGAAAAGCACACUGGCUACAUUAUGCCAGAAACAAAUAAAUCCAUUCAUUUGAGCGUCUGUGCAACCUCAUCUUUGGGAGCCAAUCACUUUGAGAUGUAUGAAGAGCUUUUAUAAUGAUGGUGAUUAUGAUGAGGGGAAGACUAGGUAAGGAACAAUACACAAUGGCCUUCAAGCAAAAAGAAAGGAAAAAAGAGUGUCAUAGCAGAGAGCCUUUUAAUGUAGGUGGGAAGUACCGCAGGGUGUAUAUUAACUGUAAGCGAUAGCAUUACAUCUCUGCUUUAGACAGAGGCAGGCAUUUAUCAGAACCCAAACAAACAGAUUGUUCCAGCACUACACUGCUUUUUAUAAGAAACACUGAGAAGUUCCACAGAGCACAGCACAUUUCCCAGCGCAGACUUGAAAUGCGGUAGAAAACUGAUAUAUAAAAUGGCGACUAUCCCUUGAUCUUUAAAAACCAUUAUUUGCACCUGAUUACAGCCAAUAUUUCCAAAGCAAAAUAACAUGCUUUCUCGAUAGCAUAUAUCCAAUAUGGGGACUUCCGGCUGGUUUGCUUCCAAGAAAAUCUACACCCUUGCUUUGCCUGUUGGUGGUAGAGGCUGAUAGUCAUUUUUGCUUGCCUAGCUAACAGCGGGUGGCGCUGUGGUCUAAACCACUGAGCCUCUUGGGCUUGCCUAUCAGAAGGUCGGCAGUUCGAAUCCCAGUGACAGGGUGAGCUCCCAUUGCUCGGUCCCUGCUCCUGCCAACCUAGCAGUUCGAAAGCAUUCCAGUUCAAGUAGACAAAUAGGUACCGCUCCAGCAGGAAGGUAAACAGUGUUUCCGUGUGCUGCUCCGGUUUCGGUGUUCCGUUGCACCAGAAGCGGCUUAGUCAUGCAGAAAAACUGUCUGCAGACAAACGCUGGCUCCCUUGGCCUGUAAAGCAAGGUGAGCGCCACAACCCCAGAGUCAUCUGCGACUGGACUUAACUGUCAGGGGUCCUUUACCUUUACCUUUUAACUAACAGCUCUAAUUGCUGAAUUGUUCAAAAACUCACAGAACUGACAGGAUAUGACAGAACUCAGAGCCUUCAUUUAACUUUCCCCCUGUCAUGAUACCCAAGCUGGAGGCAGUAGGGAAGGUGGUGGUGGGGAGAACAGGAAGAGUGGAUAUGGCUGAAAACCAUUUAGAAAGGAAGAGAGAAAAGGGGAACACCCCUUAUACAACAAUGUUUGGUUUUCCAUCUGCGGGAUUGUCUUCCCACUAAGCAUUUUUUGUACUUCUGCAAACCUAGGGUUCCCUUGGGCCUUUUGAUGUGCAUGGGUCAUGCCAUUUGGGCUACUUAAGGAUCAGUGCUCACUGCUGAACAUCACAAACAGAGGGAAUUAUACAGAAUUCUAUGAGGUUCCCCCCACCACCACCGUAGCUACCAUGCCAUCAAGAUUAUUGUCUGAGAUAACUGCUAAUCAAAGCAAGAAUACUGCACACAAGAGAAUGAGUCAUUUGCUUCAGUUCUGGGAAACAUGAGCACAGAUGCACACACAGUUACAUUAGUGGUCAUGCAGGAUUCAGAUCGGAUAACACACAAGAUUUCGUAUGCAGUCUACUAUCAUGAGAUGCAACCUGUUGCACUCCGAUUAUAGCCGAUAUGUGUGGGUGGAGAAUAUUCUUUUUUCAUCCACGAAUUCCCUGCUGGAUUGGAGUGGUUGACUUCAUUUUUGUUUCUGAAAGUGCAAUGCAAAUGGCAAAUGAUAAAACAAAGCUGAACAGAUGUUCCAUUUUGAAUGGGAAAAGGCUUGCUUUGCUUAUUGGAGAGCUCCCAGGGAAAUCUUCCAGAAGAUCCUAACAAUAAUCGGAAGCUACGGACGAUGUUGCACUGUUCCUGGCACUAGUCAGGGACAGAGAGAAAAAAAGGAGCCUGUGAACCUCAUGCGAAUUUGAGGGGGACACCAUAAAGACAAAGGGCACCCACCGCCCAGCCACUUCCAAGUCCCAGUGAUUUUGAGAAGACAGAGGAAACACCUGCUUACCUCUCCUGCUGAAAUUAAAUGGGACUUAGAAAGGCUUUGAGCCAGUGUGGUGUAGUGUUUAAGAGCGGUGGACUCGUAAUCUGGUGAACCGGGUUCAAUUCCCCGCUCCUCCACGUGCACCUUGGGCCAGUCACACUUCUCUGAAGUCUCUCAGCCUUACUCACCUCACAGAGUGUUUGUUGUGGGGGAGGAAGGGAAAAGGAGAAUGUUAGCCGCUUUGAGACUCCUUAGGGUAGUGAUAAAGCGGGAUAUCAAAUCCAAACUCUACUCUUCUUUGGGUCCUGCUCAGAGAUGGUGCUUCAUUGGAGCUGUUAAUGGCAAUCUUGUCACAUGGCAAGUUCACUUCAAACCUUUCCUUUGAAAUGCAUUAUGAAAUCCCCAGUUAUUACAAAUAGGUCAAUGGUACCGGGUGGGUCCAACUCAUAUUAUCUGAACACCACCCAUAACUCCAACUGCCCAGCAAUUCCUCUUAUUGCUGCCAUUUCCUAGGCAACCAAACAGCCAGCCGUAGAAAUGGAAUGUGCAAAGGGAAGAAGGAACCCAAUCUGGAAGUAUUUCUAUUUGUGUCUUGUUUAAACGUAUUCCUAAUUCUCAAGAGUUAUCUACGAUUGACGUCAGAAAACACACAACACAAGAGGCGGAGGAGAGGUUAGGUCAGCAUGGAAGAAUGCAGAACUUUCAAGAUGUUGUGCAUUUGAAAGUUUUGACUUUAGAGUUUAACUAUUUCACUGCACGAAACCCACGCAUUUAGGAUAGUUUUAUGAUCCAAGACAUUGAACUUUGGAAAGAAAACCGCAUCACUGAAAUUCUGUGCCAUCCGCAAAUCUACUCUAGGUUUUUUUAAAAGCAGUUUUUCCAAAUGCACAAAUUCCACCCCACACUAAAAUACAAAGGCCAAAUGCACACAAAGAUUGCUUUGCUCUUUGCUGGCACUCUGUAUCAGUUGCAGUUUCAUCAUCAUCAUCCUUCACCCGAAGUUCUCCGGGUGGUACCCAAGAUAAAAAUACAGGGUAAAAGCACAAAAUAAAUUGUUAAAGUGCAGACUUUUCAGUACUGACUGCUCUUAGCUCACAGAGGAAAUAAGACAACUCUUGACAUGAUAUGGUAUUAUUGUUUGGGUAUCUGUGGGCUCAGGGGGUGUGGGGCAUACAUAUGGGGGGAAAGAAAAGAAAAACCUCUCGCACCCCCAUGCUAGACUCAAAACAUCCCUGUACAGUGUCAGACCUUGGCUUGUUCUUGUCUUAGCCAGCAAGGACUCCAAAAACCGUCCCCUGCAGCUAGAGUUCUUCUCUUCCCCCUAGUUUCUUCUCACUUGACCCUUCCGCUAAGUUCUUACAGUACUGAUUUACUUACUGUACCUUUCUGUGUAUAAGACCAUGAUUUUUUAUUUUUUAUUUAAAAAUCAUGCUAAAAUGUGGUGGUCGUUUUAUACAUGGGUAGUGCACAGGGUGGACAUUUGGUUGGUUGCUGGCGUGGCUGUCAGCGGCUAUUGUGCAUGUUAUUGGUUGCUGCAUCAAUGGGUGGUGUUGAUUUUGUGAUGCUCUGGCAGGUGGGCGGGCGAUUGGCAGCUUCCGCUGCUGAUGGUUCCCCAAAAUAGGGGUAGUCUUAUACACGGGGGCUUCUUAUAGAUGGAAAAGUAUGGUAUUUAGUUCUUUCUCAGUUUAACAGAUGUCAUAGGGCAGGCCCCAACUCUUUCUCAGAGAGACUCCCAGACUGACAGCUGCUAGACCUAGCGGGCUCACUGAGCUAGGUAGGCCAAUGCAGAAAAUAAUACCUCCAGACAAACUGAAGGACAGUGCAAUGUAUGUUUGUGCCUUGAAUGUAUUCUGAGAGUGCCAAGUCUGUUAGAACCUCAACAGAUCUCGCAAAAUGCAUGCUGGUCUAUGGAUUAUCUUAAAAAUACAUUCAAAUGAGACAAAUCGACUGAUAUUUGUCUUUAUGUGUGUGGUGCAUGCUCUGGUUAUCUCCUGCUUGGAUUACUGCAAUGUGCUCUACGUGGGGCUACCUUUGAAGGUGACCCGGAAACUACAACUAAUCCAGAAUGCAGCAGCUAGACUUCUGACUGGGGGCAGCCGCCAAGACCACAUAACCCCAGUCCUGAAAGACCUACAUUGGCUACCAGUAUGUUUCCGAGCACAAUUCAAAGUGUUGGUGUUGACCUUUAAAGCCCUAAACGGCCUCAGCCCAGUAUACCUGAAAGAGUGUCUCCACCCCCAUCAUUCAGCCCAGACACUGAGGUCCAGCGCUGAGGGCCUUCUGGCGGUUCCCUCACUGCAAGAAGCAAAGCUACAGGGAACCAGGCAGAGGGCCUUCUUGGUAGUGGCGCCCGCCCUGUGGAAUGCCCUCUCAUCAGAUGUCAAAGAGAUAAACAACUACCUGGCAUUUAGAAGACAUCUGAAGGCAGUCCUGUUCAGGGAAGUUUUUAAUGUGUGACAUUUUAAUGUAUUUUUAAUCUUUGUUGGAAGCCACCCAGAGUGGCUGUACCAAGCCAGAUGGGUGGGGUACAAAUAAUAACAACUUCUUCUUCUUCUUCUUCUAUAAAAAAGCCACAACAAAGCUGCAAUAAAUGCUGCACAAGUUGCUCCUUCUGCCAGGUGACUCAGUGGAGUCACAGUAAAGCCAACCAUCCCUAGUCACAGAGCUCUACCACCCCUGAACUUACCACAAACCUGUAAGCUCCACCGCCUGGCUCCACCCCCAGACUGCUCUGAGUCCCUGCCACCUCCAGGCACUGAACACGUACCCAAACUAUUGAUAUGAGGAGGUGGCAAUGAACAUGAUUUUGGUUGCAUGUAUGAAGAGCUCAACCUCUCACACUAGACAGUAUCUGCCAUCACUUUAGAUUUAGCGAUUAGCAUAAAAUAAAACCCAUCAAAGCAAAACAGAUACUCAAAGUUUCGGCACUGAAUAACAGCUGCAUCGUCAAAUAAAGCUUACUCGUUCAGCCAUUAUUUGCAAAGCAUUCAAAUGGCUUAUCCAGGCAAUUGUGGAGAUUUUUAAACAACAAAUAAAAAUAAUACUCAAUGUGAAUUUUUGUGCGCAUGAUUUCAACUUCACUAUGCACGAAAGUUUCAGUGUCCGUAACAAUUUUAUCUUUUUCUGAGAGCUGCUUCAGUUUGCUUUCCUGCCUAGGUUUCUGCCUGCCACUUCUAAUCCUCAUUUUUAUUCCUGUUGGUUAUCUGAUCUCUUUGAUCCUUCAGAGGAGGCCUUGAACUCUGGUUUUAUUCCUAAUGGAGUCCACUGGCAAGAAGUGGUGUUUUUUUUCCUCCUGUGGUUUUGCAGUCUUUAUCACAUUUGAGCUUUUUGUUUACUUUUCAUAGGUUUUUGUAGCUUUUUUAUAUUUUCUGGAGAUUCUGGACAUUUUGUAGCACAAGAAAAGCUACCCAAACACUUGAUAUUUGUAGCAAAAUCUUCAGCCACUGAGAAAAUGGCCUUUUAAUUUUUAUCUUGUGUUUUCAUUAAACAAAGAAGGAGUUGGGGGGGAGGGAGCAGAGAGAGAGAAGGCAAUGUUUAAACAAUAUGGUCCAAGAUACAGUCUGAAGACACAUGAGGCCACUUAGCUUGAUGAGCUAAGCAGGUCUGGGUCUGGUAAAUACCUGAGCAGGUGACUCUCUGCAAACUGCAAGUACAUUGCCAUGGGCUCCCUGACAGAAGAAAGGAGGGCUAUAAGUGUGAGAAAAUAAAUAAAUAUGGCAGUACAGUAGUACCUCUGGUUACGUACUUAAUUUGUUCCGGAGGUCCGUUCUUAACCUGAAACUGUUCUUAACCUGAAGACCACUUUAGCUAAUGGGGCCUCCCACUGCUGCCGUGCCACCGGAGCACAAUUUCUGUUCUCAUCCUGCAGCAAAGUUCUUAACCUGAGGUACUAUUUCUGGGUUAGCAGAGUCUGUAACCUGAAGCAUAUGUAACCUGAAGCGUAUAUAACCCGAGGUACCACUGUAUAGAAAAUUCAGAUUAUAGACAGGGACAAUAUAAACACAUCCAGACCAAAGACUAAGAUACUUUCAAGGAUGUAUAACUUGCUGUUGGAAUGGAAUACACAGGAUGAAAUGGUUAAAUCGGCCAUGAUAAGGUGGGCACAGGAUAUUGGGUAUAAUAUUAUGUUUGAGGACUGGGAAAGGCUGUGGAGUAAUGGAUUGAAAUUUACUGCAUGUAAUGCUUUGAAAGAAAAUGUAAUGAAAAUGAUUUAUAGAUGGUAUAUGACCCCAGUCAAACUUGCAAAAAUUACCACCUGUCUGACAACAAGUGCUGGAAAUGCAAAGAGUGUGAAGGAACGUUCUUUCACCUCUGGUGGACAUGCCCUAAAGUGAAGGCGUUCUGGGAAAUGAUUUAUAAUGAAUUGAAAAAGGUAUUUAAAUAUACUUUCACUAAGAAACCAGAGGCUUUCCUUUUGGGUAUUGUCAGCCAAGGGGUGGCAAAGAAGGACCAGACAUUUUUAUGUAUGCAACAACAGCAGCAAGGAUACUACUCGCAAAACAUUGGAAAACAGAAGUCUGCAGAAAUUCAACCAUGUCAAUCAGCCUAAUGAAUGAUUUCCCUUUCUAAAGUUACUAAUGAUGGGGAUAAUUCAAACCAAAAAAGGCAAGUCUGAGGUCAGACUUUUUAGCUGUCCUCUCUAAUCUUAAUUAAUUAAUUAAUUAAUUAAAUUUGUAUACCACCCUUUAUUUGAAGAUCACAGGGCGGUUCAUGACAGAAAAAUACAAAAUACAUAAUAAAAUAUAACCCCCUUCCCACAAAUACAUUGGCAACUGGCUGGUAGUUACUUAGAUUUUUUGAAUCCGGGGACAGUUUCUUGAGGAGUGGUGUUACCAUUGCCUCUUUCAAGCAGGCAGGGACCACACCCUCUCGCAAGGAUGCAUUUAUCACUUCCCUAGCCCAGCCAGCUGUCCCUUCAGUGCCAGUUUUUAUCAGCCAAGAGGGGCAUGGGUCCAGAGUGCAAGUGGUUGUCCUGACCAAUCCAACCACGUUAUCCACGUCCUUGAGCCUUACUAACUGGAACUCACCCAACAGAACACAACUAGACAGUGCUCUGGAAAUCCCUUGAGAAUUCAACUGUUGUAAUAGUGGAGUGAAGACCUCAGUUGACACAAGUGAUUUUGUCAUCAAAAUGCUUUACCAACAAGUCACAGCUAGUUGCUGUCGGUUCUACCACCACCUUUGGGCCAGACUGUGUAAAAGGUCCCACACUGCCUGGAAAAGCUCUGCCGGACGGCAUAGUGAGGAGGCAAUGGAGGCAACAAAGUAUGUCUUCUUUGCUGCCUUCACUGCCAAUAGGUAGACUUGAUGAUUAGUCCUCACCAGUGUUUGAUUGCAUUCUACUGGAGUUUUCCUCCAGUCACAUUUGAGCCAUCUCCCAGUUUGUUUCCAUGUCCUAAGCCCUGGAGUAUACCAGGGAGCCAAGUGGGCUCCACAAAGUGGGAGAGGGUGCUUUGGGGUGAUCGUGUCAACUGUCAAAUCCAUUUGGGUGUGCGGAAACGUUGGAUGUCAUUGGAUCCAUCAGAAUCUGAGGGUGGACCAUGCUGAUAGGUCCCUUGCCUCUGCAGAGGGGAAAAGGUACUGAGAGCCUAAAUCUCAGCAGGAAGUGAUCUGACCAUGACAAAGGACUGAUGUCAAUAUUCCCCACUUUCAGUUCACCCUCUUCCUGCUCAGUUGAGAAAACAAGAUCCAGAGUGUGGCCUGUCACAUGUGUUGGGCCAGUGACAUCUUGGGGCAACCCCAUGGUUGUCAUGGCAGCCAUGAAGUCCUGAGCCACUCUAGAGCCAGUUGCAUCAUCAAUCCCCCAGAAGGAGUCUGGGAGUCCUCAGCAUUGUCUCUGAGACCAGGUCUGUCAGCUCAGGCAGGGAGACUGCUGGGCAACAAGGCAGGUAGUAAAUCCCUAAUCUGUCCCGACUGCCCGGUGCCAGGAACAAGCACUCUAGUUCUCCCUGUAGCUGACAGAGAGCAAGAGAGAGAUGCAAUCUCUGCAAACCACAGCAACACGCCCCCCAGUCUACCCUGAUGCUGACCAAGUACCCAGGUGGGCACAGCUGGGUGAGACCAACUCCACCCUGCUCACACACCUGGGUUUUAGUUUUACAGAUCAGACCAUGGAUGAGAGAAGUCCUACUCAAAGUAGACCUGGCAUUCAGCAACAGCAGCCGCAGACCUGAGGGCAGGUUAAGGCCCACAUCACUGAGAUGCCAUACCUGCAUCUCCACUAUACCACUUCAUUUUUUUAAAAAAAUGAUAUUUAUUAAGUUUUCCAAUUUAACAGUCCAAUAAAAAAACACAUUAAAACAUUCCAAAUUAUAAUACAAUAAAAAGCCGAAUAAUCAUGCCAAAUAAUAUAUCUUUGGGUGGCUUCCCAUGCUCUGAAGUUUGGGGAGUGAUGAUCUAAUAUUGUACUGCAUUCCUUAAUUAGUCCAAAUAGUCCCUAUAAACAUUUCCAAUAUUGAUCCUUCGUUUAUUUUUAACAGCCUCUGAGUUUGUUUAACAAGUGGGUUCAUCCUUUGUAGUUCUGUGUGAAAUAUUUUAAUUCUCUUCUUCUUUAUUGUCCUGUUGUAAUCCAGCGUUCUCAUCAAUGCACUUUCACUUUCUGCACACAAAGGCAAUUCUUAGUGCGUCACAUCCAAGACAGAGGAAGAUGUGCCUUCUGCCAUUAGUGCCAGGCGUAUAUCCAGAAUUCCCUUCUCUGAUCUUGUUCCAGCUGCUAACAAGCUGAUGCCUCAGUAAAAACGCCAUAGCUCCCAUCAUAUAUUCUUUUUGUCAUUCCAUUAAGGGUCACUGCCAGAAUCAUAGUCAAAUUUUCACACAGUCAAUUUUGUAGUUAAACCAUAACAAUAACGAUAGCAAGAUACUCUUUCAGGCCUGCUUGCAUAUUUCAAACAGACAGUUCUUCGGGGGAGAUUUGCUGAAUAAAGCAGCAAAUGCAAAAUAUAUCAAGAGAAAAUAAUGGAGGGUCACCUCCCCCAACGUACCGAUAGUUACAGCAAAAGUCCUUCUCCAGGUCGAACUCUUGGCACCCAGUGGCUGAAUCAGUUAGCAGAGUACUUUAUCUCCCCUAGUUCAGAGCAUGCCUGUUAGUUAAGUCCAAAUUUUAUCUUAUAAAACAGGUGUCCUCUGCUCAUGGCAACAGCUUUGGGGAGUUGCCGAAAUGCGCGGUGCAAUGUAUCCAGUUCCCCCUGCCCCCGCAUUCCUUCAGAAUGGGCGACAGGUAUCGGACGAUUUGUGGGUGAAGCAGUCCCCCCCGGCCCUGGGGUUUGGGGGGGAGGAUAAUUACUCCCAUAUAUCCUCAAUUAGCUGCACGGAAAGGCUCCACGGGCAUAGGGACCGCGGUUCGCCAUGGCAGCCAGACAUGAAGUGCCCACUAUACCACUUCAGACUGCGGUUCAGGACUCACAUCACUGAAUACUUCUCCAUAGAAAAAAACAAAAUGUCAGUGAGAUGGUGGCCUUCUGUGAAAACUAGGCCUAAUCCUUUUCAAUAGAAAAUUCUUCCACUGAGUAUCUGCCAUGAUUCUCCUGAAGUCUUUUGCCCCUCUUUGUUCCUUUUGUCAGUAGGUUAUGAGUUUGCUGUUCUAGAGGUAGAUAAAAUUCUGUUCAAAGGUACAUUUCACAGCAUAUAAAAUACAUUUAUUUAAAUUUUGAUGCCAUAAGGCAUUUUGUGAUUAACUUGAGGAGUCAAGCCCUCUUUUCAGGUUAUGUAGCAUAUCUGAACUCUUUUCGCUUGAUCUCACCUUGAAAUGUGGCUUUCCUCCCUAGUUCUUUAUACAUGCUACAAUGCAUUCUUCUUUGGCAUUUCUGUCUUACAGAAUGUACUAGUCAUGAUAUUCUUUGUUGUUCCAUUCCUUUUGCAUUUUAGCCUUGAGGAUGUGAGAAAUGUAAACGAAUUAUUUCUUUUUCAAACUCACUGCAGGUUAAAUGUGAAACUCCUGUUCUGCUGGACAACAUACCUGUUUUAGACAUGAAGGGCUCACAGUAGAUGCUUUUGUUGUAACCUUCCACAUUGCAGCGCACCAUUUGUAGGGCUGACAUUGAAGACGGUCCAGAAAUGACAGUUCAAAAAUAAGGCCACAAGAUUAUUAACUGGUUCUGGACAUUUUGACUGUAUUUUACCAGUACUUUAUCAACUGUGCUGGCUUCCAUUCCAUUUUGAGGUCCACUUGGAAGUCUAGACUUUAAGAUCUAAAAUGUUGAGCGGCUUGGGAUCGGGUUGUUUGGGGGAGGGGGGAAGUCUUCUUCUGUAAAUGCCUACCGAGAUCUUAUGAUCUUCUUUGAAAGUACCUUAUCAAAUGAGGGUGGCUGCUAGCCUUCUCAGUGGUGACACCCCAACUGUUGAAUAGUCUCCUCAGAGACACUCACAUGGCACUUCUUUGUGGUUUAUUUCGUGAUAAAUACAAGGUGGUCUCAAAAUUUCAAAUUUUGAGAAAUGAGCAUGGGGACCAGUCACAAAAUGGCUUCUGUGAGAGCACAGCAUAGCACAAAAUGCCCAAAGACUGCUGUGAGAGCAAGGCAUAAUGACCCACAUCUAAGAGAACAAAAGAUGACACAGGACCACAACAUAGUGCAUGUCCCCUCCAAUCAAGAGAUAAUUCAGGGGGCAGGGAAGACAACUACAUCAGCCGUAUUGUGCUCAUUUACAGAGAGAAGCUUUGUACCUCUCCUCAGAACUGAUAAAUAAGUAAAUCUGCUGCUGCAACAGUUUGACCUACAAAUACAAAGGGAAGUACAGUGGUACCUCGGGUUACAUACGCUUCAGAUUACAUACGCUUCAGGUUACAGACUCCACUAACCCAGUGGUACCUCGAGUUAAGAACUUUGCUUCAGGAUGAGAACAGAAAUCGUGCUCUGGUGGCGCAGCUGCAGUGGGAGGCCCCAUUAACUAAAGUGGUGCUUCAGGUUAAGAACAGUUUGAGGUUAAGAACGGACCUCCAGAACAAAUUAAGUACUUAACCCAAGGUACCACUGUACUAAGGGGAGAUCAAUACAUUGUUUCCAAAGUUUCCACAGCCCUGAAACAUUUGGCCAAGUGCAUGGUGCGUGGCUUCUAUGGGGUUGAACACUCACUGGCCCUUGAUGUUCUAAUCUGCUGCUCUUGCAUGAAGGAUUAUUAUUAUUAUUAAUAUUAUUUUUGCUGCCCCUCAAGUAUGAGCGCAAAAGAUGCGAACACUCUCAAGGCCAACGAAUUUGUGGAGCUUGUGCAUGACUGUGGAGACAGGCCCAAAGAGGAAGAGCAGCAAGGCACAGCUAUCAUUGCAUGGACUACCAGGUGUUUGUGGAUGUGGGGAAGUACAAACUGGAUCGCGUGUGCUGAAAGAUUGAGACAGGCGAGCAGGAUUCAACCACCCAAUCGUCCUUCAAAUGCCCUUCCUGCUGAAACUCAUCCAUUUACCUGGAAGUGAAUCAGUUGUGUGAUAUUUUCAGAGAUGUUUAGUACACUUACUGCUUUGGAGGAGGUGGGGAGUGAAUUUAAGUAUUUUUUAUCUUAUCUUAAAUAUGAAGUAGUUAUUUAUAUUUUUUAUUUCUCCUUCCUUCCUUCCCGCCUGCCUGCCUGCCUCUUUUUCACGAGGUGCAUUGGCCUACACUGCCUGCAUUUCUGGGACACAAUGCCCCCAGGAAAGACACCUCUCCCUGAAAGUCACCGAAUAUCCACAAGCACCCACUAUCAAAAGGGAUAGAUUUCUAACUUCCAUCCAAUCUAACAAAUCUAACCUAAGCAUCUCUGGAACACUAUAGCAAUUUUAAAAGAAGUGAUUUUUCAUAAAAUAAUGAUUGCUACAUGACAAGUAAUUGCAAGAACUGAGCAAUGCUGCGUUUGCUUAGUAAAUGGUCAAGGGUUUUAUUAGUACAGACAUUUCCCCCUGUCUUUAGUACUGUAUCUCUUCCUACCUGUUCACCUGGAUGUCUCAGAGGCAUCUCAGACUCAUCUAUGUCAGCCUUCAUAUCCUCAGGUUCACACUGUUGAUGGGGCAUGCAUCUUUGAUUCUUCUUCUUCUCUCCUUUGCUUCCCACAUUCAAUAAAUCGGCAAGUCGCGUCACUCCCUGAACAGCAUUGUAAAAAACCCACCUGGCCCUUCCUCUUCCUCCCACUCAGAUAAAUCUCUCGUUCAUGCUCUGGUAGUCACCUGAGUCCUAGCUUGAGAUUACUGCUCAGUGGAGGCAGAAACCUGAACAGGAUCUACUGAUAGAUCUCUGGGUGAUUUGCACUGGAUCACCAAGGAUUUCGCACCUCAUAGCAACAACAUUCCCUCCAAAAUUAGGCGGGGUGUGAAAGGACUGCAAGCUCAGGUCUGGCUUUGUGUGAAAGGGCUGUGAGAUCAGGUCUAGAACAGGCAGCGACCAUUUUUCCUGGCCCCCGCCUAGCUCAGCAGAGUACACAUAAGCCCGUCCCACCUUAUUAUUAUUAUUAUUAUUAUUAUUAUUAUUAUUAUUAUUUCAACUUAUACAGCAUCCUAUACCUGGAGGUCACAGGGUGGUUCACAACAAGACCACAACAUAUGAAAUCAAACCAAAAGCAGUAACCUAAUAACCCCCCCCCAAAAAGUCACAUUCUAAAAGGGUGUUGGAUGUCAAUAAGAUCAACUAAAGGCCUGGUUUAAAAGCAAUGUUUUUGCCUGGCGCCUAAAGGUGUACAGUAUAAUGAAGGUGAACUUUCAUGGGGAGAGCAUUCCAUAGAUGGGGGGCCACUGCAGAGAACCCUGUUCAGCCCUCUUCCAGGUCCAAAUGGACCCACGCACCAGCCACCGUGCAUCAGUUCAGCGUGUGCAAAAUGGUUGCCUCAUGUACUGAAAACAAAUUCUUGGGAUCCAGUACACUCAGAGACAUCCUCUUCCUUACUUCUAAGCGUAUAAUGUCUCCCACCCCCAAGCUUUCUACGCUACUAAUUUGCACUUGAUGGGCUACAAGGCCUAAGGGGGGAAAAACAAAGUAGAUGUUGCAAGUUUGAACUCCCCCACACCGUUCUUUUACGUUAUGAACUCGCUUGGAUCAGGGACCUACCUAUUUUUCCUGUUGAUGACAAUUAAGACCUGCUGGAGCACAGUUGUGAUCGGUUUUUGUCCUCAAGAACCGGCAUUGUUAGAGAAUGGAGUGCAGCUUCUUCUUUUCUUUUCUUAAACAUAUAUAUAGCUUCUUACGUGAGGCCCUUAGCCAAAGCAAGAAAAAAUAACUUAGUCAACAGCUUUUGCAUAAAAUGCCUGCUCUAUCACCUCCUGUGAUACAGUAAUGAAUGAGCACAGACCAGACAUCUUCAGAUUCUCCAGAUGUUAAGGAUCCUCCAGGAUGCAUAGUUCCUGACAAGACACUGAGUGUAUAAUAUACAUUGAGUGUAUAAUAUAGCCUUGCUCUUCAAUACAUCAGUCAGAGAAGCUGUUGUUGUGUGUUUUUAAAAAGACUGUCACGGACUGUUGCAAAACAAAAAGGUGAGUCACCAGAAACGGUUUUUUACAAAGACUCCAAGGCAAACCACACACAGCUAUUAAGGCUGUCAGUUAAUUUCAGGCUAUGCUUCUGAACAGUGGUGAAGCUAGGUAGUUUUAGACCCUGGACUUACUGGUCUUACAUAGAGCCCUCUUUUAGGUGACUGUGUGUAUUGCUUCAUUCCUGAAACACAUAAAGUAAAGGUAAAGGGACCCCUGACCAUUAGGUCCAGUCGUGGCCGACUCUGGGGUUGCUGCGCUCAUCUUGCUUUAUUGGCCGAGGGAGCCGGUGUACAGCUUCCAGGUCAUGUGGCCAGCAUGACUAAGCUGCUUUUUGGCGAGCCAGAGCAGCGCACGGAAACGUCAUUUACCUCCCCGCUGGAGCGGUACCUAUUUAUCUACUUGCACUUUGACGUGCUUUCGAACUGCUAGGUUGGCAGGAGCAGGGACCGAGCAACGGGAGUUCACCCCGUCGCGGGGAUUCGAACCGCUGACCUUCUGAUCGGCAAGUCCUAGGCUCUGUGGCUUAACCCACAGCUCCAACCACAUCCCCCCUGAAACACAUACUUAACAUUUAUUCCUCCUCUCCCCCUCCAAUGUUAUGCUUUACUGCUGCUUCUGCCAGUAGUAGCCAGUUUGCUAACUCUUAUUAAAAAUAAUGAAAAAAAGACAUAGCUUGUGCAGUUUUGCAUUUUAAACUCAUAGCGUCAUCAUGACUAUAGGAAUAAAAUGGAGUUUCUUAACAAUGUAUUAGUGUAAAAAUGGACCAAGUGUCUCACUUAAUGGGAUUAGUUUAACCUCAGGUUGUGUUGAUCAGGCAAAACUUUAUCACAGUCUGGGCUCUCUCACACAUGAUUAAAUUCCUACUUUCCAAAAAAGCUUGUUAUUCAGAUGCAGAAAAGGUAUUUGGAAACUUAGGCUGGUACUGGCUCAGGUGAUUUUGCAAUAACUCGUUCAUAUUGACUCAUCUCCAGAAGAUGCCUGUAGUAUGAAAGUAUGCAUUGGGGGUUUUUCCUGAUCAUAGUAGUGACUGGUAUCUUGCUUUGGAUUUAAUUUGAUACUAAAGAUUUAUGUACUAUUGAGUCUUUCCUUUCACAGAAAAGCUUACAGGAUGUAUCUUAAGAAAUUAGUAUUCAGUUAAUUGGAUUUCUUGCCCACACUUCACCUUACGGUCCCAGGGCAGGCUACAACAAUAUAAAACACAAUUUUUAAAUCAUUUUAAACAAUUUACAACCAGAAGAAUAGGGUGGGUCCUAAAAAUGCAAGUAUCUCAGGUGUCAGUGGCUAGUUGUGUCUUCAGCAUAUGACAGAGAAAGCUCUCCUGGAUGACAUACACACAUGUUGUUGCUGUUAUUUAGUAAAUGUAAGACAAACUUACAUACUGAAUCAAAUCUCUGACUAUUUGGAGUAGUGAAAAAUUUCUCUAAAAACCCACUUUUACUGAUGAGGAGGACUCUGAAGCUGGAGGUUCCAUGUAGUUACUGUGGCAAAUAUCCAUUUAUAGACCAGUUCCUGAUCUCCUUUUAAAGCCAUUUAAGGAAGUGGCUUCAACGACAUUUUACCCCCCUUUUGUCUGUCCUGAAUCUUCUGCCAAUCAGUUCCCCUGGGUGAUUUGUAUUAUGACAGAAAGAUGGGGGGGGGGCUACCUUUCUCUUUCUGUGCACCAUUCAUAAAUUUAUAAAUCUCUACUAUGUAGCUCCUUAUAGUGCAAUCCUAGGCAUGUUCCAAUUGAAUUCAAUCAGAUUUGCUUCAAGAUAAGUGUGUAUAGGAAAGCCAGCUUUCCAAAAUGAACACGAUUGGCUGUGCAAAAUAGAUUCACAUCUUACUUCCCCCACACCCCAGAAGCCAUUGUAGUUCAGGGAAAGGGAUAGAGGAGAAAUUUAAUUCCAUUUCACAUUUAAAGGCAAACUUACCAAAUUCGCCCUCUCCAAACCAAGCUGUGAACUGAGGCACAGCUAUUAUUUAAAAUUGGUGCUUCUUUGAAUUUUGCAGUGCUGUUGUCCAACCAAGUAAUGUGAACAAAAAUGCAUAUAUUUGAGUAUAUUAGAGAAAGCAGUAUAUUAAUGAAAGUAACGUACAAAAAUGCAUUAUAUUGUGGGAAAUGGAUCUGGGGGGAAAUUGCAUAUAAGGUCAAACACAAAGAUGUGUUUAUUAGGAUAAAUUCACAUUAAAAUGCUGAUGAAUUUUCAGGAGGAUUUUUUUUAUUAAAAAAAAGAAAGAAACAUUGCAAACUGAUGUGGAAAUCUGGAGAACUUAAGAUUGAAAAAAGGAGAAGCCAAGAGAAACCCAAAUGGUCAGGUCUGUCUAUCUGUAUGGGUGGUUGGGUGUUUUCAACAACCAUCCAAAGCAAGGCUUAGCAACCACCCUUCCAAGUGACCAUCAAAAGUCAUCAACUUUGUGGAGCAAUACCUGGAUAGAACUAACGUUUAUAUAGUUCAGUUAAACUGUGGCAUUCCAAUGAAAGAUGGAAUCCUAUGAAAAUGCCCAGCCAACAUGUCCGGAAUUUAGUCUCCCACCACCCCAGCAGCAUCCCAAAAGGCUGCUGUCCACAAGGGAGAAGUUCAGAAGACCAAAAAGACACUCUAGCAGAUGCACUCUAGCAGAUGGCUCCCCAGGCUGUGCUUGUAGACCUCCAUUGAGGGAGAACCCAUCACCCCUCUAGGCAAUUUGUUCCAUUGUCUUAGCUACUCUUGCCACCAAGAGUACUCUUGCUACUCUUCUUCUUUGUCUUAGCUACUCUUGCUUCUUUGUCUUAGCUACUCUUGCUUCAUUGUCUUAGCUACUCUUGCCACCAAGAGUACUACUCUUGCUACUCUUGCUUCUCCUAAUGUUCAAUCCAGAGGUGCAUCCAGGUAUUUGCUUGAACAUGCACAGAAGCCCAACCGCAAAGCCCUGUCCCUGUGUGCAUUGUGCCUCCAAGCUGAGCAGCAUGGGUCUGCCAGGAGCUUCUGCGCAUGUUGACUUGAAUGCAAGUUGACCACCUCAUGCAAUCAAGGAUCCUGUUUUAUCAGGGCCCCCAAUCAAGCAGGGUCCCAUUCAUGUCAAAGCGAAUGUGAGUGUAAGGUCCCUGAAGAGCUACCCUACUCAAUACGGGGAAGGUUAGAGUCUGAGUGCAUUGGGCAGCACACAUAGGGAGCGUUGUGGGCAGAUGGUCCUAUCCACAGAAACAAGGUUUCUACAAACCUGUCUCAAAAUGUAACCACCUGUAACCUGACCACAUUAAAUCUCUCCCCCCCCCUGCCCCCAGUAUGGAUGAAAGGCAGAAUCACUUUCCAUUCUGCCCUGUAUACAUCACAGGCAGUGGUUCAGCUUCCAACAUAACCUAUGUUGUUUGUCUUGCGGUCCACCAUAGCAAAAUUUCACGUAAUUAAUUACAGCAUUAAUUAAUUGUGCGAUCAUCCCAUUAUUCCACGCUAUUCAUUUCAGUGUGAAUGAAACACAAUGCAAACGGGCCAGAGGGAGUCAUCAGUUAUGAAUCAUUAUGGAUCAUUUCCAGAAUGAGCAAACACCGAUUGUGUUUCCUGUUCCAGAUGACUAAGUGAACUCUGGCAAUUCCCCCCACCCCCUUCCAUUGGAAUUCUCUGACAUCCCUACCUCAGGGGCAGCAAAAAGAAAGUCUUUGCCCACUGGCAUGUGACCUCCCAUCAGGUACUUGAAGAGUGGUAUUAACCACCACCACCACGCCACCCCAAGUAUUGAUUUCUUCAGACUAAUCUGGUGUCAUUUGCCUUGUUUUUUUAUUAUUUAUUUAUUUAUUUAUUUAUUUAUUUAUUUAUUUAUAAAUAGCUCCAUUGCAUGGCCCAUCACCUUUAAGAGGACACAAAGCAAAAAGAGUAAUCAGUGAUUUAGUUCAUUAACACACUGGGGUACCACCAAUCCUCCACAAACGGAACUUUUAAAAAAACAAAACUAAUUUGUUUUUGCUUUUGAAAGAACCCGUCAAAGUAGGUGAAAAUUUGGUAACAUUAAAAAAAAAAAACCACCCAAAGCUAAUAUGACUGUUUUAUAACUGUUUCAUUACAAAAUGGUGGUUAUAUUCAUGAAAUAUACUUGUUAUAUUCAUGAAAUAUACUCGGGAGUCGAGAGUGGAUUUCAUGCUCUUUAUUCAGCUCAUAGUGGUGAGGAGAAAUGGAAGUUCCCCCACAAUAUCUGCUUUAUAUACAUUAUUUACACAAUGGGCUGCACGUGAUUGGCUAAUUCUGGGAUUCUCCUGUAGGCCAAUCAGGUUACGGAUUCACUUCCACCUGCAGCUGGAUUGGGUGGCUCCUGCGGACCAAUCAUACUGCUGCAUUGUUCUAGGACCAAUCAGACUGCUGCAUUCUGGAUCCUAUUGUUCUAGGACCAAUCAGACUGCUGCAUUUUGGAUCCUAUUCAACUCAGUACAUAACAAUUCAGUAUAUUUGCCAUGUUCAAACUUGAUUUCUCCUGAAGUUAAAAAAAAAAGUUUUGUUAAUUAGACAUGCAAACUGAUGUUAUACCAUAAGAAUAUGUUAUACUCAUUUGGCUGAACAUCCUUUUCUCUCACUGGGGGCAAACAGUUGCCUGUGGAAAACCUGCAGACAGGACCUGAAUGCAAUAGCACUCCUGAAGUGUAUUGAGUUUUAAAAAUUAAAAAAAGAAAUGUGAAUUUCUCCCUAAAUAUGAGUGCAUAAUGGACAAGCUCUGAAGCUUUGACAACUAUCAAAUUCAGCCUUAUUGUUCAAAUACUAAAAGUGGAUGGAGUUUCACUGGGGAAAGAGUGAAACAAAUACAGUGGUACCUCAGGUUAAGUACUUAAUUCGUUCUGGAGGUCUGUUCUUAACCUGAAACUGUUCUUAACCUGAAGCACCACUUUAUAAUAAUAAUAAUAAUAAUUUAUUAUUUGUACCCCGCCCAUCUGGCUGGGUUUCCCCAGCCACUCUGGUUGGCUUCCAUUGAAACCAAAACCAUAGAAACCGCUGCCGCCGCGCCGUCGGAGCACGAUUUCUGUUCUCAUCCUGAAGCAAAGUUCUUAGCCCGAGGUAAUAUUUCUGGGUUAGUGGAGUCUGUAACCUGAAGUGUAUGUAACCCGAGGUACCACUGUAGUAACUAUGGGAUGGUCUGAAACAUCACGGCCCCAAUCCAGUUUUCCAUAUUUACAGCAGUUGAGUUGAGCACCCACCAUUUACAGCACAAGCACACGGUUUCCUCUGCCAGCAAGGCAGUCUCAGUCCUCUAGUUUUUAUUGGCAAGAGCUUGGGAAAACACUGCCGUUUGUUCUUAGAAGUAGCUGCUGCUCUCUAGACUCCCCGAGUGUCUGCUGGGGUUUAAGAGCAAAGUCAAUUGUGCAAGUGUGCCAUCUGCUGGUCAAAAUCAUGUAUUUCCAGACUGCUCUGUAUUUUUAUUAAAUAAUCUGGGCCUCCACCAAAUUUUGGGGGGGUUCAUUUUUUAACAAUGAAAGGCGCCAUUUGCGGGUGUGCGUGCGAUGUGAAAUACGCUUUGAAAGAGCAGCACUUCCCAAAGGUGGAAAGUCGCCUUUUACUGUGAAAUCAAAAUGUUCCACUCUCUUGAUAAUGCAUUUGCCCAGAGAGGAGGAGGGAUUGCAAUAAGCAUUCUGUAUGAACGCUUUAAAAAGAAACCAUUCACAGUCUCCCUUUGCUGGACAAGCAGCCAAGGAAACACACUGGGGACAGAGCUGUGGAUUGCAUCCUUUAAAGCAGGGGUCAGCAAACUUUCUGAGCAGGGGGCCGGUCCACUGUCCCUCAGACCUUGUGGGGGGCCGGACUGUAUGGGGGGUGAGAACGAAUUCCUAUGCCCCACAAAUAACCCAAGGAUGCAUUUUAAAUAAAAGCACACAUUCUACUCAUGUAAAAACACCAGGCAGGCCCCACAAAUAACCCAGAGAUGCAUUUUAAAUAAAAGGACACAUUCUACUCAUGUAAAAACACGUUGAUUCCUGGACCAUCUGCGGGCCGGAUUUAGAAGGCGAUUGGGCUGGAUCCGGCCCCCGGGCCUUAGUUCACCUAUCCAUUCUUGAAAGUGACAAAAGCCACUUCGAAGUAGACAGUCCUCAGCAAAAUUCUCCCCUGUGUAAUGUUAAGGAAUGCAGUCUGCGUCUUAUGUAUUCCUGACCACCAGAGUCUGGAGUGGUUCCAAUCCAGGUUUUAUGCAAAGUUCGGGAACGCUAGACACCAGUCACUGGGCAAAUGAGAACGUGGGGAGGAAUUCAACACUGGGCUAAGGCAAUCAGCUUGCCAGAUGAAAUGAUCACACACACCCCGUGCCACUCUGUGGGUUCUCUUGACACAUACAAUCCCUGGGUCAAUUUUUAGGGUUGCACAGAGGAAGAUGAAGGAGAGUGGAAGUCCUUGCACAGGGCAUUUGCUGAUAAAACUCGUUCAUUGAAUAUUGGCCACAGAUUUCUAGCAGCCUUUUCUCACAUCUAAUGUGAGGUUGAGUUUGUUCUUAUAAAGGUGUGUUGGUCUCCAUCCUUUAAGCGAAGAGUACACCCUAAACCUCCUCUCCCCAGCCCAGCCCACCCAGUAACUGACAUUUUACAGAAUCAAAUCAUUGGUCCAUCUAACUCAGUAUCGUCUACAUGGACAGACAGAUUUCCCAAUCCUACAUUGAGGAAUAAUAAUAAUAAUAAUAAUAAUAAUAAUAAUAAUAAUAAAUUAUUCAUACCCCGCCCAUCUGGCUGGGUUUCCCCAGCCACUCUGGGCAGCUUCCAACAAAAGAUUAAAAAACAAUAAUUCAUCAAAUAUUAAAAACUUCCCUAAACAGGGUUGCCUCCAGAUGUCUUCUAAAAGAAGAAGAAGAAGAAGAAGAAGAAGAGGAGGAGGAGGAGUUUGGAUUUGAUAUCCCGCUUUAUCACUACCCGAAGGAGUUUCAAAGUGGCUAACAAUCUCCUUUCCCUUACUCCUCCACAACAAACACUCUGUGAGGUGAUUGAGGCUGAGAGACUUCAGAGAAGUGUGACUAGCCCAAGGUCACCCAGAGGUUGCAUGUGGAGGAGCGGGGAAGCGAACCCGGUUCACCAGAUUACAAGUCCACUGCUCUUAACCACUACCCUACACUGGCUCUCAAGUCAGAAUAACUUCCCUAAUUAUUUAUUGUUAUCAUUCUUCGUGUUGUUGUUAUCAUCACCAUCCUUCUUAAUUUAUUAAUCUCCUUCUACACAACCAUCUCAAGGCGAUGUACAAUAAAAAUAGAAAAAAGGUGAAAAUACACACAAAUUGGAUACAUUCAAAAUAAAGUUAAAAACCAUACAAGAUAGACACUCAUGGCAAAGCCCCCAUUUUUUCAGCUAGGAAAGUUUAUUGGGCCAAGAACGUCUUCAGCUGUUCCUGAAAAGUGCACAUAGUGAGUGGGUCCCUGUCAUAUCUUAACAGGGAUGCUAUUCCACAAAACAGAGGCAGCAACACUAAAAGCCCUAUUCUGAAUUACUGUGGAAUGUGUUUCUGAGAUUCUUGGAACUUGCAGCAGAAACUUUCCACAGACUGCAGGGAUCUACUGGGUGUAUAAAGGAUAAGAUGGUGUCUUAAGCAACCUGAUUCUGAGCUGUAUAGCCAUUGAUUAACUUAUCUCCACAUUCUGGUGGAGACAAAAGAUAAAAAGAAGGCAAUGCCAUUAACAGGUCAGAAAAAAGAGGAUGGGUGCCUUUUUCACCAUUUUCAACCUUACCAGAGCUUUUGUCCCUCCCAUUUCAGAGGCCGUGACUUUCAUUCCUCCCAUCUUUCCUGGGCCCAUUCAUGAAUCAGAAGGACAGGGCGUCAUUGUCAGUGUCAAAAUAUUAUUCAGCUGCCACUAUCAGGAGCUGGAGUCAGGAGCCGGUCAGCAAUAAAACACUUGGUGUCAGCGAAGUCAACUCUUCAUUCAAAGAAACCAAAAAACCGCAGGCCUAGCAAUCACAGCAACUCUUCCCAGGAGGUCUUGCCCCAAUAAGGCAAUUGUGAGGACUGAAGGUCCCCGUCUUCCCACUGCUCUCUAAGGCUUCUCUACCGGUUCCUUUCCCAGCAACCUGAGGCUCCUUUGCCUUGUCUCUCUUUGCUCUGCCCUCUUCAUUCCUCCUGGUGUUUUAGGAGACUAGGGGGGAGGGGAGCUGGUCACAGCAGGAGCGGGAGACUCCCUGGCUUCUUCAGCAGCCUGCCUCCACUCUGCCUCGUGACCCCUCUUCCUCUCCAGCUUGCACUUUGUCCUCUGAUUCCGCACUGCUCUCUGCCACAGCUUCCUUUUGCUCCCUAAAACCUGUUGCCUCUUCAGCUUCUGACACCUCCUCCCCUGCCACCGUCUGCUCCCUCUUCUCUCUCUGACGACUUGUCGUCAUCCCACCAACAAUCCCUGGGCUCUGAGCCAUCUUCCCCUGGGGGGUCCCCUUGGUGCCUCCAACCACUUCUCAGCAUCCAGCCAGUCCAUGGCACUUACAUGAAUUGGGUGAAAGAGUUUUGUCCUUCACCUUGAGCAGUGCAAUGUCUUGGGACGGUCAUACUGCAGAACAGCAGCAAGAGAUGGCCAUUAUCCUCCUGUCCUGCUUGUGGGCUUCCUUUAGCUAUCUGGUUGGCCACUGCGGGAAACAGGAUGCAGGGUCAGAUGGGCAUGUGGUCUGAUCCUCUUCCCACAUUCUUAUGACUGAACCUGGUUCUUAUGAGCAAACGUGGUCUACAUGCAAAGCUGGCAUUCCACCACUGAGCUGUGACCCCCCCACCCAUUGCCAAGAGCUUGGUGGGAGAGGGAGAAGAAUCGGGAUGGAUAACUUUUCAAAUGGCAAUUGCCACUUCGAAGGAUGCAAAGAUUCACUUGCUCAUGAACUGCAGGAAAGGCUUCUGAAAUGAGGGGCCUCUCACUGACAAACUUCAUGAAACGAGGAACCCUCCAUCUCAGUACUGCUAGACUAGAAGCUGCCUAGCUACUCCAACUUCGCCUGCUUCAAGGUUUAAAAAGUUAAUAGAUUCAUACUUCUUUUCAAAAUGCAUUAGGCAUAUAAAAGGAUGGAUUCAGUCCUUAUUAGGAGCACUCUGUCCUGAAACUUUACCUUCCAAACAUAUUGAGGUAGUGAUUGCUGUAUUCCAUUGUUGCUGUUCUUUAAUACUUGAAUGUGAAGCAUCAUCGAGAAGUUGAAUAAACACCAUUAGCUACACUUCCAUGCCAAUUUCAGUCAAGGCUACAAAUUGGUGAAAACCUUCUAUUUUGCAUACAGUAGCCUAGGGACCUGACUUAUACUGGGACAGAGCAUCAGUCCACCAAUCUCAGAGUCUACACCGAUUGGCAGUGGUUGUCCAGGAAUUCUGGUUUCAAUCCCUGGUAUCUCCAGAUACCAGAUAUCUCCAGAUAUCUCCAGAUACCAGGGAUUGAGACCAGAACUUUCUGUAUGCAAAGCAGAUAUUUUACUAUUGAACUACAACCCUUCCCCACUCAUAAGGGAAGAUAGAGGGCCUUCUCAAUAGUGGUUCCAUCCACAUGAAAUUCUCUCACCUGCAAGGCACAUCAAGUAUUGCAUACUAUGACAUGUCAGUUCUGCAGCCAAUGAUUUGCACCCAAAAAAUGCACAUGCUCUGGUAAUGUGUUCAUAUAAAUGCAUCUGUUUUUGGAAAAGAACAUACAGAAAUGCACUAUAUCGGUGGAAAUUGCUUCACAUUUAUGUGCAUAUUAGGCUCAAUGUGUAUAGUAAGUGAAAUUCACACAAAAAUCCUGACAAAUUGUCACACCAUUGAAAAAAACAAAAAGCCAACAGAUAUAGAAAUGUAGAAAACUGAAGACCGGAGAAAUGAGAAACUGAGAGAAACCAAAAUGGACCCUACUCCUUAGACAAAUGCAGUACAAUAUACACAGGCCUGCCUUUGUUCGCAAACUUCGGUUUGUUUAAAGCACAGGUGGAAGAUCUUUGAUCCCGAGUUUAAACAUCUUCACCUUAAAGCUCUGCUUAAGGUCUGGGGUUCCAAAGAAUGCUUGCUUUCACACACCUCUGUCUGUGCACUGAUAUCGUCACAAAAGGUGCUCUUCCGAGGGGCCCUGCUAUGAGAAGUGAUUUGGGUACAGGUCCUUUUCUAUGGUGGCCACCCACUCCUGGAAUUCUCUCACCUGUGAGACUCAUCUACUUUUCAUUUAUAUGCUAGGCAAAUGCCUUUAUUAUUUUCUCAGUUUUUAAAUUGUUUUUGGAGCUUGCUAUUGCUCCUAGUUUUAUUAACAAUGUUAUAUAUAGGUGGUACCCAACUUAGUCAUACUUAGUCAUAUUUCUUCUUCUUUGAAUAAACCAAUUUGAUAAAAUUGUUCUCUGCAAAUAUUGACAUGGAGUCUUUGACAACAAUUUGCAGCAUUUGACAUGCAGUACUGUAUGUGAGACAACUUCCAGUGUUCAACCUAUGACAUUUGGCAUGCAAUAUUUGUUAAAUGACAGCAAUUGAUGUUUUGUCAGUCAACAGCAUUUGACAUGUGACUUCUAAUAUUUUACUGGUUAAAUAAUAGUCCAGUGCUUCUCCAGAUUCAUCCACUCUUACACACAGAGAGGUGUGUAUACAAUGGAACUGCCAUACUACCAUUCUCAUGCUUGACCAGCAUCCACCAUCCUACUUGCAAUACCUUAGAGGUUCUUCACAUAAAAUUCACCACAAAGAAAAAGUCAGUAUGUUGGUGUCUGUUGGAGCUCCUCUCUCAGACUGCUUCUGGCUCUGCCCCCCUCCAAUAUGAGCAUCCAAUUAAGGUGAAGGUUGGAAGAGUCAGACAGACAAAAUAAAGUGCUUCAGACUUAGUUAAACUACAGCAUUUGCUCCCGCAAUAUGAAGCACUGGCCACCAACUGGGAUGGCUUUUGAAAGCAGAUUAGACAAGCUCAUCGAGGGAAAAGGCCAUCAGUGGCUACUAGUCAUGACAGUUGUAUUAAACCUCCGGUGAUAGAGGGAUUACAUCUCUGAAUGCCAUUUUCUAGCGGUCAUGAGUGAUGACAGUGUUGCUGCACUCAGGUCCUCAGGCUUCGCAUAAGCAGCUGGGUGGUCAGUGUGGGUAUAUUUGGCUUCAUUUUGUAUAUUGGUUAUAUACAUUGGGUAUAUUUGGCUUCAUUUUGUUCACAGUGGCCUGCUUCAGGCUUUAUGUUGGUUGGAUGAAAUAGUUGGUUUGAUUUAAUCAAUUUGUGCUUAUUAUUAUUGUACAGCAAAUUAUUGUAACAUUGUAUAUGCUUUCAAUUGAUUUGUCAGAUUUUGUACUUAGGGAUGAGAAAGCAGUUUGAUGCAGCUUGCAGUUAAAGGUGACCCUACCUAAUUAAUACACAUGUUCCAAAACGAUAUGUGAACCUGACUGACUCUAGCUACAAAAGCUGAGGCUGCAUGACAGACUUUUGGCCUGGGGUUUUGUUUAGGGUGUUUUGUUGCGGUUAUUGAUAUCAAUAUUUUAUAUCUUUAUUUUUAUAUGUUAUGAUUUGUGUGAAAACGCUUCAAUUUUCUUUUGUACUUUUUGAUGUCUUUUAUUUAUUGUUUAUGAGAACUUUUGUUAAGUUUGUAAUUAUGCAAAUCUUUUCAUGCUGUAAGCCGCCUCGAAUUAUGGAAGCUGGCAGACAAAUAAAAUGACGAUGACGAAAAUAGCACAAAGAUGCAUUAUAUUUAGAGAAAUUGCUUUGCAAAAUGUGUAUAUUAGCAAAAUUGCAUAGUAAAUUUGUGCAUAUUAGAAGAAAUCUGUGCUAAAAUGCUGGUGAAUUUUUAUGACUUCUAAAAAAAAAAAAAGCAAACUGAUGUGGAUAUAUGGAGAACUGGACUUAAGACAGGAAAAAUGCGAAAGUGAAAGAUUUGCCCAUCCCUGAUUUGACAUCCCAGUGAGAAAGGUGGAAAUGAAACAUAAUACAAAGCAUAAAGGCACUGAUAACAUGAUCCUAAGCAUGCUCACUCCUAAGUAAGUCCUGUUUAGUUCAAUGAGACAUGUCUCUCCCCCCCCCCCCCGUAAGUAUGCUUAGGAUUGCAGCCUAACUAAACAAAUCAAUAGUUGUUUUGCAAUGUAAGCCGUCAGCACGUUAGUGUACCAGGUGGCUUGAAGUGACCGAUAAUCAUUGUCUUUUCUUGUAGCAUCUGGCUCCGUCUCCCAGGUUGACACAUUCUUUCAGCAGCAAAUCAAGCAUAAUAAUAAUAAAAAAAUGAAUAAAAUCCCCAAGGGUGAAAAUGCUUCAAAAAUCUUGAAAAUCAUACCUACUUUUGUUUGUAAUGUGUGAAAUUAUUACAAGUAUGUUCACCAGGAAGACUAUUGAUGGAUGACUCACAAUUUAGCUAAAUUCAAUAAGCUACACACUGUGCGUAACCCAGUGGGCGAGCCAUACAUUUUAUAUUUCAAGUAUCGAGUGUUUGCCAAAAACAGUAUUUUUAAAAAGUGGGAAAGGAGCUCAUGAAUAGGAUAAGACUACCCACAGGCAGCUCCUACUUCUCCUCUGGCCACUUACAUGGGAUUUCGUGGUACUGCUGGAGCAUUUGAGGAGAAAAGAGUGCUUACCACAGCAACCCUGCUACACCAGUGCUUUCCCAGAGGCUUUGUGCUGCCUUUAAGUAUACACGCCCAGUACUUAAUGGAAACCUUUAAAAGACUUGUGCUUCAAGGCCAAAAUGCACAACAAACAUUUCCUCCCAACGGGGUCACUCUUUAACUGUUCUUAAAGGUAGUCUCCAUGCCAUCGCCAUGCAUUAACAGCACUUCUCUCAAGCAAAAUGUUAAUGAUGUGAAAGGGCCACAAAACUACAGUAAGAGAGUGAAAGAGGCGGAAGAUCAUCCUCUAGGAUGUGGGCUCUUUUGAGAGAGGUGUGACAAAGGUGGCUGAAUGAAAAGCAGCCCCAAUAUUAGAGAGUACCUUCAUAACACAAUUCAAAAUUCUCUCCUGACUGUAGAAAGUUCCUUUGGAAGGGAUAAUUGAAGGAGGGGAAAGUGCCCAGCAUUGAUGCCAUCAUCUUGAGAACAUGCCCCACUCUUUAAGUUGCGAUGGCAGCAUAAAAAUGAUGCAGAGAACCAGGAGUGAGGCGUAUGGAAUAGCAUAGCCACAGGGCACAUAGCCACAGCAGAAACCAGUUAUUUCAAAUAAAUUCUUAGCCAUCUUGGAGUAGAAAAUUAAUAAUAAUAAUAAUAAUAAUAAUAAUAAUAAUAAUAAUAAUGUAUACCUCUCCCAUCUGGCUGGGUUUCGCCAGCCACUCUGGGCGGCUCCCAACAGAAUAUUAAAAACACGAUAAAACAUCAAACAUUAAAAAUUCCCUAAACAGGGCUGCCUUCAGAUGUCUUCUAAAAGUCAGAUAGUUGUUUAUUUCCUUGACAUCUGAUGGGAGUACACAAUAGAUAAAGCUGAAUAAAUAAAACAGGUAAUGGUCACAGCAUCAAAGCCCAAUUCUGUUUUUCAGAUGUAUGUGGGACCGUGUUCCUCAUUUCUUAUCCCUCCAGAUAUUGUGAUCCAGUUUCUAGAGCUAAGCUUGCCUAAGGAGUGGCACUGUUGCUGCUUCUGACACUGCUGUAGCAAUGCUUGUUCCCUUUUCAUCUCUGGGAAGGACAGUUGGGCUAUAUAUGAGCGUUCGUAGUUUUGAAGGGUGCAGCCUAGUCAUAGCAUUGAACAAGCCUUUGGGCUUCCCAGGAGCUCUGGCCAAUGUGUGCCAGUCAAAUGAACCACUUGAUCCUACGUCUUUGUUUCUUUGUUUUUGCAGGAAUAUAAUCCAGUUUUAAGCAUACACGUCAGUAUCUGGUACUACUAAAACUAAAGCCAACCUAUAUCUACACAUUGGCCAAUUAGUCUUCUGUAGUGAUGGGGAGGAAUUUGAUUCAGUUUGCAUUUAAAGGUGAAUCGAUCAAUUCACAGUUUGUGAAACACAGCCAUCUUUCAAAAAUCUGCACUUAUCUGAAUUUUGCAAUACAGUCCUCCAACCAACCAAUGUUUCCCAAAAAGUCAUAUAUUAGGGGAACGUGUGCAUAAAAGUGAAGAAAUUGGUGAAAAUAACAUUUAAAACAUACAUAAAUUAUAUAAGGGAAAAUUGCUUGCAAAAAAAACUGCAUUAAAAAAAAAUCUGAUUGUUAGGAGCCAUUCACACCAAAAUUGACAGAUGCUCCCAUCCCUAAUUUUGUUCGUCUGAAUUUGUCAGCCUUUAAGGUGCCACAGGACUCUUAGGUUUGUUUGUUUUUGCUCCAUUGCUUACAAGCAAAAAUUAUAGCUGCGGAUAAAAACAGCAGCCAUUCUCCCUUAAUUUCAGCAUGUUCCCUAGCAGCCAAUUUGAGUGAAACAGCACCAAUUCGAGUCAAGUAGUUAGACUUGCACAUCACUAUUUUAAUAUGCAGCCAACACAGUUGGGAAAAACAGUCGAUGUGUUUGUGCAAUAAUCUUCUGAAGAUUAAGGAAUAGGAAGACUUAUUUGGCCAUUCACCUUAAUCAUACAACGGCUUGUCCUAAUGUUAAUGUUAUUUCCAAAGAACUGCACUGCCUUGUUACCUGGGCAUCAUGUUAGAAAUAGUGUUUAUCAUCACAGCUCAAUAUUUGUCAAGGGGGUGGUUGAUUUAAUAAUAUCCAGCACAAGAGUACUCCAAGGUAUCCAUUAGUUUGAUUGAAUGCUGUAUUUGUGUAAGCAAGCCAAGCAUUCAGCACUUUGGCAAAAGUCACUUGGAAAGGGAGAGAUUCAAUGCAUGAAUGUUUCACUAGUUAGUGAAUUUCCAUUGAAACUUUAAUGGAAAUGCUUGUAAAUAUACUCCCCCAAACCCACAUUGUGUGCCAUUUCCCAAAACAGGGAUGGGUGUAAAGCUGCUGUUUAGCCAGGAAAGGCGGGGGGGGGGGGGGAUCGAUUAGCCAGAUCAUUUAACAUACUAAAACAAUUAUGGCAUAAUUAUAAGGAACAUAAUUAUAUACUCUUGAUGCCUUUAAUUGUGUCAUCCUCACUAACUAACAUUAAAAACUCAAUCAAAACAAAUUAAGCAUUAAAAUUUAAAUCAGAAGUUAAUGGAAAAAACGGUUUUUCAAAAUGAAAUAAUUAUAACUCUGAAUUCCACCUGUUAACAGGAAACCUACUUAACUUGGUUUCUUUUUCCUUUGUUUUUCUGCAGUCUCAUACAGGUGAACGAUCUCCCAGUGAGAAUGUUAAGCAAGUUAAAUAAAUAAAAAAUCAAAGUCACACAUUCUUUCCUGUCCCAUGCACUUUUUAUACUUCUAUGAACUUGUGGAGACAUUUCUUUCAAUCUCCUUUUCUAAUCCAAUAGAUAUGGCAAGGAGGUCCCUCCUAUGUCUGAUCAGAAAAACCAUGUGAAAUUUGAGCAUUAGCACUGCUAGCUUUUCAGAAGAAGAAGAGUUUGGAUUUGAUAUCCCGACUUUCACUCCCUUUAAGGAGUCUCAAAGCGGCUAACAUUCUCCUUUCCCUUCCUCCCCCACAACAAACACUCUGUGAGGUGAGUGGGGCUGAGAGACUUCAAAGAAGUGUGACUGGCCCAAGGUCACCCAGCAGCUGCAUGUGGAGGAGCGGGGAAGCGAACCCGGUUCCCCAGAUUAGGAGACUACCGCCCUUAACCACUACACCACACUGGCUCUCAGCCCCAACUGUGAAGGUUCUCCUCCUCUCCUAUUGUUAUCAAGAGCAAUUCCAGCCUCUGCACAAAGCUGUGGUCACGGGGCCCUACCAGAGCCCUUCUGCCUCUGCGGGAGGGGGGCAAUUCCAGGCAGGCAAGCCAACUCUAGGGACUGAGGUGUCUUUGGUCCCCUGAAUAUUUGUUGGAAGGGGACUGGGCUCCCUCACUGUUGAGCGGGCCUGGCGCCCAUCACGUGUGUGGAACAUUUCGCAAGUAGCAGUUUCAGUGGGUGGCUCCUCCAGAGCCCGCAGCCCCCUUUAGACGAUGCAAUGGCGUGCGUCCAUCUCACGCAUGACACGCGUGGCACCAGGGGCGUAGCUAGCUGCUCCAGCACCUGGAGUGGCAGGGGCGGGGUGAGUUGCCCACAGGGGCAGGGGGGUGAGCCGCACAUGGGGGGUGGCGCAGAGAUCUGCCCACGGAGUCCGCCUGGCAGGCACAAGCCCCGCGCUGCCGUUUCGGGCAGCACAGGGCCCCGAGACACGUGGCUCAGGCGUACUGCAGGCCAGGCCCCACAGUAAUGCCGCCAUUUUGUCACCCCCUCAGGGAUGACACCCGGGGCAGACCGCACACCCCGCACACCUCCCUCCCUAUGCCCCCGCGUGGCAUGCAGCACACACGACAUCACACGCCACACACGCGUGACACACGCUGAACCCUUUCAAUCUUAGGGGCAACCUCGCACCUCUGGUUCCAGAGGUUCCUGGCUUUAUGUGAUUUUGCCUAUAUGCAUGAUGGCCAGGAACCUAACCCCCAUUAACAUGCACGUUACCUGUACUGUAAAGUUUGCAACCUCCAAUGAUUUCUGCCCCCCAACCCAUGUUUCAUUUGGUGUGUUAUGUAGCUUUGGUUUUCUUUUUGCCUACUCUCGAGUUCUUGAAAGGAAAUGGGCUGGGCAGCGAUGCAAAUGAAGAAGCUACGAUAAUUAUUUGGGCCAGAUUCUCUGCAGCCAUGCCCAUGCCUUACUCACUUUCAGUGAAUAAGCUGGAGAUAUCUUUGUUUCCUUGAAAUUGUUGUUAUUGUUGCUGCUGCUGCUGCUGCUGCUGUCGUUUUGAGCCAGGCUAAAACAGCAUUGUCCCUGGAAGUAUCCAAAUGCCUGGAUGUGAAAUAAAUGCAUACCAUUAUACUUCUCUUUUUACCUCACGCUCACGGAUGGAAGCGACCUGUCGCCGGUUGUGGAGGCAGGAAUCUUGCCUGGCUGCUGAAGGUCAAAAUUAAGUCAAAACGGGAGGAGGCGGGAGAAAGGGGGAGGGCAAGUAUAAAUAAAUAAAUAAACAAACCCAUUUCACUGUGAAAGGAGUGAUUACCAGGCUGCUGAUUACGAGUGGGCAAAUGACGCGUAGAGUCACAAAGGUACAGUAGCUGUGGCAAUUGUGGGGAAUUAACUGGGGUGCUUUGGUGCACUCUUUGGAACAGGAAAGACUCGCAGAAUGGCUUGCAGCGAUGUGAAAAUUAUUGCCAUCCUUUUUGCAGGAGCACUUUACUUGAUUUCCUUCCCUUUCCCCUCCCCACCAAAGGAAGCUGCCGAGCCAUCAGGUGAAUUCACCAUUUAUUACCUACCUGCCAAACAGAUGUGGCAAGUAGGCAGGCUGUGAAGAAACGGUCAAAAGGACAAAACUGCUCUUUUUUGAUGAUGUGAGGAAUACACCUUUCCCUCCUGGCGUUUUGAUGUUAAAAAUUGUGUUUCUAUUGCCAGCCCUCUUUUACAGAAACAUUUUUUAAAAAAAUAUAUAAAAUGGAGUGGAUUUGGAAGGAAUACCGCAAUAUGCUUUUGGAAGAAAAUAUUUAGACCAAAGAAACAUUCCACAUUUCCCUUAGAAAAAUAAAAGCUUUUAAAGGCCAUUUGGAAGCCUACAAAUAACUCAUGCAACUCCUUGUAAAAAGCUUUUAGAAUUGUUAAAGCUCGAACCCCAGUCACUCCUUCCAACUCGGGUAUUCAAGAAGAAAUUCAGUCAGCUGUGGUCUCCAGAAAAUAACUUCUUACAUAAAUUUAUUCCCAGUAGAUUGACAUCUUCAGCGGCUUUACAGCCAAUUGUUAGAUUAAAUGGCAAGAAAAACAAAUCUGGCAAAGUGGGCUGCAGCAAACUAAAACUCAUGGCAAAAAAUAUUAGCCUUUCAGAGGCCAGAGAGCUCUCCAAUGUUUUUCAUACACUGGACUAACACAGCUACCCUUUGGGAUGCAAACUAGGAACAUAUGAGUCCUGCAGGAUCAUACCACACACCUCCCUAGCUCAGUGACCUAUUUCAGACUGGACAAGAUAAAGUAUUUCUUCCCACAGCAAAUAGUUAAACUAUGAAAUUUGCUUCCACAAGAGGCAGUUAUUGCCACCAACAUAGAUGGCUUUAAAAUAAGGUAAAGGUAAAGGGACCCCUGACCAUUAGGUCCAGUCAUGACCGACACUGGGGUUGCGGCGCUCAUCUCUCUUUAUUGGCCGAGGGAGCCGGCAUACAGCUUCCGGGUCAUGUGGCCAGCAUGACUAACCCGCUUCUGGCGAACCAGAGCAGCGCACGGAAACACUGUUUAGCUUUCCGGCGGAGCGGUACCUAUUUAACUACUUGCACUUUGACGUGCUUUCGAACUGCUAGGUGGGCAGGAGCAGGGACCGAGCAACGGGAGCUCACCCCGUCACGGGGAUUCGAACCUCCAACCUUCUGAUCAGCAAGUCCUAGGCUCUGUGGUUUAACCCACAGCACCACUCGCGUCCCGGCUUUAAAAUAAGAUUAGACAAAUUCAUGCCCUCCUAGCGAUGCAGCAAUAAAACUGCUAGCAUAUUUGCAAAGCCAAACAGGGUCCGGUAUGGUUUCAAAUUGGAUGGAGGACCACAUGUUGAGAUUCUUGCGUUACAUGGGAUUGCAAUAUUAUUUUUAAAAAUUGGGAAACGAUAUACAAUGAACUGAAAAAAAUGUUUAAAAUAACAUUUGUUAAAAAACCAGAAGUUUUUUUGUUAGGUAUUUUAGGACAAGAGCUGCUGAAAGAAAAAUGAACAUUAUUUAUGUAUGCUACAAUAGCAGCAAGAAUUCUAAUAGCACAAAACUGGAAGACUGGAGAAGUAUCAUCUAAAGAACAAUGGCAAGAAAAACGGAUGAACUACGCAGAAUUAGCAAAGUUAAUGGACAAACUGUGAGAAAAGGACAAUGGGACUUUGAAAAAGAAUGGGAACCUUUUACAAUAUAUUUUCAGGGGGGGGACAUGGACUCGCUGGCAGGAUUUAAAUAAACAUUUACAACUUUAUUUACAUAAAACAAGAAAUAUAACAAUAUGAUAACAUAGUAUUAUAUACAAACAGCAGAAUGUAUCAUUUGAUGUAAUAAACCAGAAAUGGAAGCUGAGGGAAGUCAACGGGGAGGGGGUGAAUUGAAAAAUGAAUGUUUAGUAUUGAUAUUGGAAAUUUGUUUUGAAAAUGUAAAAUCAAUAAAAAAAAUUAACAACAACAAAAAGGAGAUUCCUGCAUUACAGGAAGUUAGACUAGCUGACCCUUGUGGUCCCUCCCACCUUUUCAGAUUCUAUGGAGGAUAAGGCUAUCAAUGACUAUAUAGCAAUAACAGCUAUAUUCGACUUCCAUAGUCAGGGCAAUAUGCUUCUCAAUACCACUGGAAACUGCAAGAGAGGAAACUGCUCUUGUGUGCAUGUCCUGCUUGCCGGACUCCCAGGGGCAUCUGGUUGGCCAGCAUGAGAAUAGGGAAAUGGACUGGUGUACCUCCCAAGUGCCCUGGGAAAAGGGGAAAUCCCAUUUUUUCACAUGAGAUCUUGGUAGCCAUUUUGGGUGCCGCAAUCUCUCAUGCUCUUACGCUGCACCCCGAAAAGCGUUUUUUCAGGGCGAGAGCAAGGUGCAGGUCAUGUGACUCACCCAGGAGCAUUUCCUAGAAGAUGUGCGUCCCAAUUUGGGACUUGAAAAUGUUGGAUGUUCUGGACUAGAUGGGCCACUGGCAUGAUCCAGCAGAGCUUUUCUUAUGGCCUUCAUACAAAAACAUGAAGUUAAUACAGUGGUACCUCGGGUUAAAUACUUAAUUCUUUCCGGAGGCCCGUUCAUAACCUGAAACUUUCAUUAACCGUUCAUUAACCUGAAGCACCACUUUAGCUAAUGGGGCCUCCUGCUGCCGCCGCGCCUCCAGAGCCCGAUUUCUGUUCUUAUCCUGAAGCAAAGUUGUUAACCUGAAGCACUAUUUCUGGGUUAGCAGAGUCUGUAACCUGAAGCGUAUGUAACCCGAGGUACCACUGUAAAUCAGAUCUUCAUUCCUUGUCCAAAUGAAGUGGAAAGUCUGCAAUAUGAAGGCGCUGCUAGCAGGCCAAGAGUGGGAAGUGCUCUUGUGCUCAAGCCCUGCUUGUGCAUUUCCCACUUGCAUAUGGUCGGCCACUGUGAGAACAGGAUGCUGGACUAGAUGGGUCACUGGCCUCAUCCGGCAGCUCUUUUUUCAUAUUAAAGUUUCAAUAAUUUAACAUCCAAAUUAAUUACUUAUUCAUCCCUCCUAGACUUCCCCCCACCCCCUGGUUUCCAAUUUCUCCCCUUUGUCACCAUACACAAUUCAUUCAGUUACAAGUCCAUUGAUAACCCUAAUUCACAAUACUUCAUAGAUGCUACAUCAGUCCUGCUCAGGCUUUUAAGUCUUUACAGUGGACCUUAAAAUAUUCUAUAAAUUUGAUCCAGUCUUGUAUAAACUUUUUUUCAUCUUGGUCCCAGAUUUUCACAGUUAUCUUUACCAUUUCGGCAUAGUCUAUCAUCUUAGCUAUCCAUUCCUCCUCCGUUGGUACUUUCUCUUCUUCCCAUUUCUGGGCAAGUGACAUCCUGGUGGCUGUAGUUGCAUAUAUAAAUAGUCUUUUAACAUUUCUCGGUAUGCGUUCACCUGUUAUUCCUAAUAAAAAGGCCACUGAUUUUUUAACAAAGGUUAUCUUCAACAUUUUCUUCAAUUCAUUAUAAAUCAUUUCCCAGAUCCAGCAGCUCUUAUGGAGGUGCACGCAAGUCCCCUAUGCCAUGUAAUGGCCCCGUGUGUUGAGUAUCUGUGUGUUUGCGGGGGCUGAGGGACAACGGGGCUCUGCUAUUUGCAGAGGGGUUCCCUGCACGAAUGGCUCUGUGCCCACUCACCAUACGGGAGCCUGCUAGUUGUACAAACAUGACUGGCUAUUUUUCAUGCUAAAUGGGUGUGUGUGUGUGGAUAUUUUCUUUAAUAUAUUUUUCAGUCUGUGAACACGUUGACUGCCAGAAACUGUCUCCGAGGUCACCAUUUUUACAUGCAUUUCGACACAAUCAACGUGCAAUAAAACAUAUUUUGCUUUGGAAAACUAACAUAAUAAUUCAGUGGAUCUGAAAAAAGACUUUUAAAAUCUCUGAAUCCGUACUCUCAAUAUUGAUGCAUGCCACUUAAUGAAUAAUACAUUUUAUCAUCCUGCAUCAAGGCUUUACGGGAACCAGGUACUUAGGUAAGCGGAAAAGCAGAUUCGGAACUUAUACAAGCACCUUAUGUAAUGCUGUCAAUGGCGACUAGCUACAAUGGCUAUAUGCUGCCUUCACAGUUGGAGGCUGUAUCCUUCUCAGUUCCUGGAAAUGACUCAGGUCCUGCUUGCAGGCUUCCCAUGGACAACUAGUUGUCUGGAUGCUCCUUGUCUGAUCCAGCAAGACUUUCUUUAAGCUCCCCAGCAGAGACCUGGAUGCACUCCUCCAUCUCUCUAAAUAUUUUUGCGCUUGAUGUUACAAAGUAAUUUGAUUGAUGUUAUACAAGUCUUGCAAGUCUGUGCUAAUACUCAAGCCCAGAUAUUUUGCUUUAGAGCAGAGUCUUAUUUGUUAACCAGUUAGCAUCCUGAAUUUUAUCAAAACCUCAAGAUUUAGAGGAAGCACUUCAAUUUUGUAACACUGACUUUGCACCCAGCUACUUUUGCAUAUUUCUGCAGGAACUUUUCUAAUUCCUCCAUUCGUCAAAAAAACUGCCAUAUCAUCAGCACACAUACUUUUAGUUCUGUUUGUCCUAUGUGAAAUCUUAUUCUGCUAUCUGGUGCUUUCUGCCAAAAGCUCUAAGGACUGUCUAAACCAUGGGUAGGUAACCUAAGGCCCGGGGGCCAGAUCAGGCUCAAUCGCCUUCUAAAUCCGGCCCACAGACAGUCCAGGAAUCAGCAUGUUUUUACAUGAGUAGAAUGUGCCCUUUUAUUUAAAAUGCAUCUCUGGGUUAUUUGUGGGGCCUGCCUGGUGUUUUUACAUGAGUAGAAUGUGUGCUUUUAUUUAAAAUGAAACUCUGGGUUAUUUGUGAGGCAUAGGAAUUUGUUCAUUCCAUGCCCCCAUUAUAGUCCGGCCCACCACAUGGUCUGAGGGACAGUGGACCAGUCCCAUGCUGAAAAAGUUUGCUGACCCCUGGUGUAAACAAUACUUCUGGCAAGGCCACGCUUGUCUUGCACCCCUCAGCAAAUGAAAAGCUGGGAAACUUGAUGUUUGGCAUUUAGGCAUGAGACUUGUAAGUAAUAUUGACCCAUUCACAGAAGUUAGUCCCAAAGCAAUAACAUGGCAUACAGUCCUUUAAGAGGGGCCAUUUUAACCUGUCAGACACCUUCUCAGUGUCCAAAAACACACACAGUUUACAGUUAUUUUUUCUGUUGUAAUCUGCUAUGUCCAUCAGUGUUCCUAGAUUUACCUUUAAAAAAACUGGCUUGAACUUUGUGGAUAUUAUUUAAUGCACAUUGAAUCCAUAUUAAUAGGAAUUACUUUAUUUACUCUGUUCAUUAGAACUGCCAUAAAGAUUUUAUAGUCAAAAUUCAAUAAGUGUCUGUAUGGUGCUACAUCUCCUUGGUCUUUUCCUUUAGUUUAUAUAUUUAUAUUAUAAUUAUAAAUCAAAUUAUUUCCCCAAUUCUUGAGGUAUAUGGUUUAGAGUACAUACUUCAUUUAGAGCUGCUGUUAUUGCGUCUUGGAUAAUAUUUAUAAAUUACUUAUUGUACUCUGUGAUAAAACCAUCUGAUCCCGGUGGCUCUCCUAUCUUUAAUUAUUUGAUGGUCUGCUGCAUUUUAGUACAACUUGCACUUUGGUCCAGCCAUAACUUAUCUAUUUCAUUUAAGGUUUGAAUUUCAGUUUAUGCUACAUAUUCUUUAAUGUCCUUCCCCUCCGGAUUUUGUGUUUUAUAGGGGUUUUUCUUUUAGUACUCUAUGAAUUAAAUUUACUAUUUCCUUACUAUCAGUUAUUCUCGAUCUAUCUAGCCAAAGUGGAUGGAACAAUGUAUGUAAAUUUUACCUUUGUACAGUAUGCUAAUUUCUACAUCUACUCAUGCAUCCUUCUCUAUUCUCUACCCGGGCAAGCAAGAGGCAUUAUCAGAAUUCAAGGACACAUUCCAGCUGGGCAAAAACACUCCAGGAAAAUGAGAAGCAGAGCUAGCGAGGAGUGUGACAGGGAGAGAGGCGGUGUGCUUAGGGAUGAGAUGUGGCCUGAAGAAAGUCACCAGUGCCAAAGAGAAAGUUCUGGAAGGACACAUUUCCCCCCUGGGCCUGAGGUUCCCCACCCCAGAGCUACCAAAGGAUAAGCCAUGAGUGGAGAGGAGUUGUUGGCACUGUUCUCCUCCCCAGACACACAUAAACCUGCCCAUCCCAUUUGCUUUAAGCAUUGGGAUGGGCACUCCUUGCAGCAGAAGCAAUUGAGCUGGAGCUGAACCCCAUUAUUAUUAUUAUUAUUAUUAUUAUUAUUAUACCCUGCCCUUCCCCAGCCACUCUGGGCGGCUUCCAGCAAAAUAUAAAAAAUAAUAACAUGUCAAACAUUUAAAACUUCCUGCUCACCAAAUGUUGAUGAAGUUCUUCUAUCAUAAAUACUGUAUAAGCAAUAAAGCAGAAAGCAAAUAGCAGAAAAUAAUGAGAGGGUCAUCUUAUACAGUUGCAGAAGAUACAGAAGGUCAAAGGAUGUUUCUUAAGUGCAACAGAGGCCACAAACAGGAUACAGCUCCAAGCUGUUCAGUCCUAAGUAACAUCGGUGUUCAGUAAGCUUGUAACUUGCACACAUUCAACUUUACACACUUGGCAAAAUAUAAAAAAAUAAAAGGGGGGCAGACGUCCCGGGGAAAAAGACUUUGGCAAUCCCACCUGCCGUUGCGCCAAAUAUGUUUCGACUAUGUGAUUUUGGUGGGAUCCCUGGAAUAUAACCCCCACAUAAGCUGAGAGAUACCUGCAUUGACAUCACAACCAAAUAGGUCUUAUUUAUAGAGAAGAAUAGAAUAUUAUGCUGCAUUUAUAAUACAGCUGCUGGCUGAUCAUUCAUUUGUUAAUGGUUAGGAGACAGUGUCUGGAUAGCAGCAGAGAUUCUCUCUGUGUUUUUUGAAUGAGAUACCCAACAAAGGAAAGCGAGAGCGAGAGAGCACACACAGAAACAGCAGCCUGGAAGUUGGAAUGGGCAGAGAAAGAGAGUUGGCAAUUCUGACUAGAGUUAGCUGAAAGCGGGAGUGCCCACACAGACCCUCACACAGUCCCAGACAGCAGGCCAUUUUCUUCCACCUGUAGUCAGACUGUUACUAUUUUUCAGGAGGCAUUCAACUGCAUACCAGCAAAUUUAGGUAUGUACAACAUAUAUCCGAUGCUGUACACAACUUCCAUGCAAAGAAACGAAUGCGCAGUAAACAGUGGACAUUGCAUAACUUCUGCACAGGCUUUGUGCAAUCAAAUCAGGACGAAUGCUCAACAUACAGGAAGCGAUUAAAGGUUUGGUAAGUAGCAUGACAAAUAUCAGGGGGUCGUGGCAAGAUGGCAGUAAAUACAAUUGUACUAUGCCCUUUUUGGCACAGAAAAUUAUGUAGCCUAUUUAGCUCUGGUGUGUUCUUAGAAACCUGCAGAAGCCAAGGCCAGGAAAGCUGAGCUUUUUCCUAAAUGUGCAAUUUGGUACUUUGAAUCAGUUUUUCAUUUGAUGCUGGGCUAAUGAACCUGUAACGCUUUAAUCUCUACUGCUCUGUCCAUUUCCGAACAUGUGCCAUAAGCUAUGUAUUUUUGUCUUCUAGGUUGUUAACAACUGUUACAAAAAUAUUAUUGUCAGGCAAUCCUUUAUUCUUUGCAUUAAUCCCAUCCCCUGUAAUAUCAAGGAGUGUAUUGUCUGCAGAGCAAUCAUAAAUCAGUGGUGCCAUAAACUAUUUUAUUGCAUUUUAACCUCUUUGAGCUUUUUUAAGUUUAAGAUGGUGGGAGUUUUCCAUCCUCAUCUCUUUCUAGUUCUUUCCAAGCAAGCGAGAAUAAGGAAUCACUCGGAUUUGCUAUCACUGAACUGUAGCAUCACAGAACUUUAAAAACAUUAAACAUGUUAAUUUAAUUAAAACAAAAUUGUUUGCAUUAGUCAGUGUUAGCUUUCUUAAACCUCUGUCUGUUGGCAACACCCAGACAGGAUAAUUGGCUACCCCAUACAUGCACAGCCAUAGGGAAGCAUAAUUUAGUGGGAGGGAAUAUCCUAGACAAAUGUCUACUCCGUGGUUUAUGAGGGCAUGCAAUGCUAUCCACAGCUAAACCCCUGAAAACUGGGAGAUUGACAAAGGGGCCCAAAACGUGAGGAGUAUUCAUUAAAAGAUGCAAAUAGCCAGAAUCUGUGCUGUUUUGUUUCAGUCUCCUUUAUCCGGUUGAAAACAGGAAAGCCUUCUGUCAUGCAGACUCAGAGCUUCUCAGGGCCCAAUAAAGGUUGGUGGCAUUUUCAAUCUAUGUUUGUUUUCCUUCUUCUAAUCACACAUCCCAAAUCUGCCACAAAACUCCACAACCUUUUACAAGUGUAAUAACUAACUUGUAUCACCCCAUGACUUUUUUCAACCAAUUUUUGUAAAAGCUUAGAAAACAGUGUGCAUAACACAGAUGGCUUACAAAUAUAUCCCAUAUAUUGUAGAGAUGAUUUUCUAUGUGAGUAAUCUUAAGAACUAAAAAAAAAAUCCCAUACAUAUUUGCAGAUUGUAUCUACUAACCUAACAAUAUCUGCUGAUUUAGUAAAACACACCUCUGCUUCAUGUAUCACAGUGAGCAAGACGAAAACUCCAGUGAGAAUAUGUGGGGUUUGA